GUGCAAGGACAUGCGGCGCGCAGGGGAGGCGGAGGUAGGGCUGGCACCCCCGCCGCUUUAUAAAACCUCCAUGCAGCGCGCCCGCGGCGUCCAGUGGCCCCCGCCGAGGAAAGGGCGAGCCCGGCAGCCCCGAUCGGCCCCACCAUGCGCUGUGCGCGCCCCCGGACGCGCCUCGUCCCGGAGCUGCUGCUGUUGUGGCUGCUGGCUGUGGCGGCGGUGACACCUUUUCGUUUGGACACCUCGCCGGUAAGGGGGACCUUUUUUGGAGGGGGGGGGGGGAAGCAAGGCAACAGAGCGAUGGGGAAGGUUGUGGGGUGUUUGUGAGUCUGUCUGUGCGUUUUUGGAGACAGGGGAGAUCGGCGCAUGGGGCUUGUUCCAGAACCAAAAGUCGUGCGUAAAGUUUGGAGGAAGGUUUCAGAAAGCCGCGGCUUCAGAAAUACAGCGGGACCUCGGGUUACAGACGCUUCAGGUUACAGACUCCCCUAACCCAGAAAUAGUACCUCGGGUUAAGCACUUCGCUUCAGGAUGAGAACAGAAAUCGCGCAGCGGCAGCGGGAAACCCCAUUAGCUAAAGUGGUGCUUCAUGGUUAAGAACAGUUUCAGGUUAAGAACGGACCUCCAGAAUGAAUUAAGUUCUUAACCCGAGGUACCACUGUACCGAUCUGGGGUAAAAAAGAGACAAAAAUGGUAUUAUUACUACUAUAGUGGGAUUUAAGGGUGCGGGGUUUUUUGGUUUGGUUUUUUUUAGGGGGCAUGCACUGAACCUUGAGUGAAAAAUGCACUCACCCUCUUGCUUAUAUUGUUAGAAUCAUAGAUCUGUAGAGUAGAAAGGGACACCCGAAGAUCCUCUAGACCAACCCCCUUCAAUACAAGUAUCUCAACACGUGGUCCACCAUCCCAUUUGAAACCAUACUUAGCUCUGCAAAUGUGCUAGACAAUUUCAUUGCUGCACCCCUAUUAUUUAACUUAGUAGUUGCCUAACACAGGGGGAAAUCUCUGGGCAAUUCACCAUCAAGCAAAUAGUUUGCUGGUCCUCUUCCUUAUAUUAUCACCGUUCAUAAUGCUAUUAUUGAAUUUAUUAGUUGCCUAACACAGGGGAGUCUCUAGGCGGCUUGCAGUGAAGCGAAAGGUUCACGGGACCUCUUACUUGUAUUACUAUUAUUGGUAAUAUUAAUGUUGUUAUUGUAAGUUUAAGAGCACACAAAACGGCUCAGAACAGCAGCUGUCGAUAUCUAACAAAGAAAUGCACCUAAACCGACAACAUCCUAACUGUGGGAUUGGGGUGGGGGGAAUUUAUCAGCAACUGAGAUCGACAUCUUCCUGAUUUUGGCUCUGUGGCAGAUAGGACGCGGAUUCAUGAAGGUUUGGAUGCCACAGCACCUGAAAUGUCAAACGUGGGUGUUUUAUUUUUAAAAAAGAGAAGUUACGGCAAUCAAUGCCUGGCACGACAUUUGGUUUAUUUUGGCUUAACUCCAGUUUACAAUCCACAAGCUACAGAACCCCUAAUGCAAAGUGUUUUUGCUCUCUGCAAAUCUUUCCUUCCCAGAAGCCGCAGAAAGCCGUAGAGCUGACAUUUUACUUUUAUAAUAUGCACACAUACACUUAGGAAGAGUCUCACACUGUGUCUGGAAAGCCAGAAUGCCUGACGAAACAAAGCAGUUGUGUCCUGAUUUUAUUUUUUAUUUCUCUUCUGAAAUUCGCACAUUCAUUUUGGUGGCGCAGAACUCCUUUCUGGAGACUUCCUCUAACUGCCUCCAGUCAAGUAGUUUUUAUAAAAUCUGGUUUGGAGCUUGACGUCCGCUGAGGGUUGCAACUUUGGUGGUUUAUCCCAACUGGCCAAAAAUCACUUUGCAAGCAUGAGCCGCUCUUGUAUUGGCUUGGUUCUGACAGCAAGAGCUUAACUUGCCUCCUCUUAGCAGGAGGGCUGAGGUUUUGGCGUUCCUUAGCUUCCCGAGACCACAGACACCCGAAGAAUGAAUGUCCCUUUUGAGAAGUCGAAGAUGAUCUUGUAGAAAAGGCGGGCAGCGGUUUGGACUCAGGGGGUACAAUCGUGUCAAUACAGCAGACUUUUACUGCCUGGGCUCAGCAGUUUUGCACCUUUGUUUGUUAGCAGGUCUCUCGAACAGCUGCGGGGCAGGCAGAAAUUCACCAGGUACAGCUUUUGCUUGUCGUUGCUUUUCCAUGGUAUUUGGGUCAGUCUGACUUCUCCUCAGCCUUGGGCUCUGAUAAGGCUGAGGCUUUCCAAAGGGCUCUGGAGUUAGGAUCGCGGUCAGCACCCUUGGACUGUAUCCCCUGAAAUUGAUUUGGCACAGUUAUUUAUUGAUUUCCUACAUUUAUAGGCCAUCUUUUUCUCAAGUGGUGUACCUAUCUGAUCCCCACAAGAACCCUCUGAGGUAGAUGCAAUAUAGUAAAGGUAAAGGGACCCCUGACCAUUAGGUCCAGUCGUGGCCGACUCUGGGGUUGUGGCGCUCAUCUCGCUUUAUUGGCCGAGGGAGCCGGCGUACAGCUUCCGGGUCAUGUGGCCAGCAUGACUAAGCCGCUUCUGGCGAACCAGAGCAGCGCACGGAAACGCCGUUUACCUUCCCGCCACAGCGGUACCUAUUUAUCUACUUGCACUUUGACGUGCUUUCGAACUACUAGGUGGGCAGGACCGAGCAACAGGAGCUCACCCCGUCGCGGGGAUUCAAACCACCGACCUUCUGAUCAAUUGUAAAAGCAGAUGUGUAGCAUAAAACGCAUUAAAACAGGUUUAUAAAAAAAGCUGGUGUUUUCUUCGUUUAAAAACAUUUCCUUCCAUUUAUUUCCCACCUUUUGCUCUUUUUAUUAUUAUAUUUAUCUCUCACCUUUCCCCCGAUGAACUCUAGGUGGUGUAUGUGGUUCUGCACCUCCCAGACAACAACCUUGCGAAGUAGGUUAGGCUGUGACUGGCCCAAAGUCACCCCAUACAUACCUUCCAAAUGUCCCUAUUUUCCAGGGAUGCCCCUGAUUUAGAGAAGCUGUCCCGGUUUCUGAUUUGAUCCCAGAAUGUCCCAUUUUCCCUUAGGACGUCCCUAUUUUCAUUGGAGAAAUGUUGGAUGGUACGGAGUUAUCCGACCCCUGAGCCGUCUGAAGGCAGUCCUGUAUAGGAGAGUUUUUUUUAAAAAAUGCUUAAUGUUUUACAGUGGUGCCCCGCAAGACGAACGCCUCGCAAGACGGAAAACCCGCUAGACGAAAGGGUUUUCCGUUUUGGAGGCGCUUCGCAAAACGAAUUUCCCUAUGGGCUUGCUUCGCAAGACGAAAGCCCAUAGGGAAAUCUCCGGGGACCUCUUUUAAAUGCUAGCGGUGGGGUGCAAAGCCUUCCCCCCCCCCACCCGCCAGAAGUAGAGGUGCAGGAAGGCGGGCGGGGGCCGCAAGGCGUUGCUCCCCACCGCCCGCCGUUUAAAAGCAGUCCGGGAUAGCAGGGAAGCGCUUCCCGCUAUCCCGGACGGCUUUGAAGGCAGGAGAGGUCCGCGAAGCCUGGGCGCGCUGAUCUCAGCGCGCGCAGGCUUCGGCAUGCCGGCAACUCUCCGCAAGCAGCGGCAGCGCUGCCGCUGCUCGCGGAGAGGUCCGCGAGCCUGGGCGCGCUGAUCUCAGCGCGCGCAGGCUUCGGCAUGCCGGCAGCUCUCCGCAAGCAGCGGCAGCGCUGCCGCUGCUCGCGGAGAGGUCCGCGAAGCGUGGGCGCUCUGAUCUCAGCGCGAGCAGUCUUCGGAAUGCCGGCAACUCUCCGCAAUCAGCGGCAGCGCUGCCGCUGCUCGAGGAGAGGUCCGCGAAGCCUGGGCGCGCUGAUCUCAGCGCGCGCAGGCUUCGGCAUGCCGGCAACUCUCCGCAAGCAGCGGCAGCGCUGCCGCUGCUCGCGGAGAGGUCCGCGAAGCCUGGGCGCGCUGAUCUCAGCGCGCGCAGGCUCGGCAUGCCGGCAACUCUCCGCAAGCAGCGGCAGUGCUGCCGCUGCUUGCGGAGAGGUCCGCGAAGCCUUGGCUGGACAGCUUUUGAAGGCAGGUGGGGGGGGGACAAAGACUUUCGCCCCCCGCCAGCCUUCAGAAGAGGUCCCUCUUCUGAAGGUUGGCGGGGGGGGCGAAAUUCUUUGUCUCCCCUGCCGGCCUUCCCAGGGGCUUUUAAAUUGCCCCGGACAGCGGAGAAGUCCACUGCUGUCCCGGGGCAAUUUUAAAUACCGCCCGCCAGCAUUUUAAGAUCGCCCCGGACAGCGGAGAAGCCCUCCGCUGUCCGGGGUUUUUUAAAAUGCUGGGGUGGGUGGGAAGAAAAGCCCUUGUCCCCCCCCCCCCAGCCUUCAGAAGAGGUCGGGGGACAGACUGUCCCCGGACCUGGUCUGAAGUCGGUUUCCCUAGGAACGCAUUAAUUGAUUUUCAAUGCAUUCCUAUGGGAAACCGUGCAUCGCAAGACGAAAAACUCGCAAGAAGAAAAAACUUGCGGAACGAAUUAAUUUCGUCUUGCGAGGCACCACUGUAUAAUGUUUCUAUAUAUGUUGGAAGCUGCCCAGAAUGCCUGGGGCAACCCAGUAAGAUGUGUCGGUUAUAAAUAGUAAAAAUAUCAUUAUGGAAUGGGGCCUCCCUAUUUUCAUCAGAGAAAUGUUGGAGGGGAUGCUCAGGAGCUUUGUGGCUGAAUUCCCCUUACUGUUUUUAUUAUUAGUCUAGAAUCAUAGAAUUGUAGAGUUGGAAGGGACCCGGGGGUUGUCUAGUCCAACCCCCUGCAAUGCAGAAAUCAUCGCCAGCGUUAACAAAUACAGUGGUGCCCUGCAAGACGAAUGCCUUGCAAGACGGAAAACCCGCUAGACGAAAGGGUUUUCCGUUUUUGAGUUGCUUCGCAGGACGAAUUUCCCUAUGGACUUGCUUCGCAAGACGAAAAUGUCUUGCGAGUCUUGAGAUUUUUUUUCCGCCCCCCCCCUUUUUCUAAGCCGCUAAGCCUUUAAUAGCCUUUUAGCAGCUAAGCCGCUAAGCCGCUAAGCCUUUAAUAGCCGCUAAACCGCUAAUAGCGCUAAGCCGCUAAUAGGGUUGCCUCGCAAGACGAAAAAACCGCUAGACGAAGACACUCACGGAACGGAUUAAUUUCGUCUUGCGAGGCACCACUGUACGUCAGUACUGCAUUGACAAAAACAUACCCGCAUUCCUAAACGUUGAAGAGGCACUUAUAGUUAUGUUGUGUGUGGAUUUGAACCCUGAUCUCCCAGGUCCUAGUACAGUGUUCUAACCACUACACCACAGAACCUCUGACAGCCACCUAUCCAGGCCUAGGCCUUCUUAGCCCCUGCAAGGUGAGGGGCCUCCGGUGGCCUUAAGGCCACACCUUGCAGCUAAUGGUUUAUCAAUGGCUAUCGGUCACAACGUCUGUAUCGAACCUCCAUGGUCAGGAGCAGUUUACCACUAAAUGCUGGCUGCAGGGAGAAGCAGUGGGGCAGGAGUAUUCUUUCAACACCUACAUGGUGAGCUUCCUAGGGGCACCCUUUUGCUUCCUGCUAUUACUUCUUUUUAUAAUGUACAUAAAACAGAGAGAGAGACCCACUCGGCUAGGUGAGGAGCAAGUUGCUGGUCCUCAUGGAUCUUUGACCUGACUCAGCAGGCCUGUUCUCAUGUUCUUAGGCAAGCGUGAGGGAUCUCUGGUCCUCCAGAUGUUGUCGAACUACAGUUCCCAUCAUCCCUGGCCGUUGGCUGUGCUUGCAGGGGCUGAUGGGAGUUGUAGUCCAGUGUGGCGGGGAAAGAUUUGCCAGUCAGCGCAACGAUGAUUAUUGCUUCGCCGUGUUUAUCUGGGCAUCCAAAGACAACAUGCUUCGCUUGCAUGUUUACAUGUGCCAGGGACACGGUGACAUUUCGUUCCUGCAUGUGCCAAGGCCGAUUCACAACUUUAAAUCUGAUGCAGUUGUCUUCUGCUGCUCUGUUUACAAAGUUCUGACCUUAUUGGAUGGGCAGCUGACCUCUUGCAAAGCUCGUGCUGCUUGUAUCAGCUGACGGAGCAGCUGAGCUCUUGCAAGGCACUCUACUUUGAUUUUCCCUGAUGUGCCUUUGGCCCGAAACUCUGUCCCACCUCCCCAGAACCCACUAUGGCCUCUCCACUGCUCUCCUAAUCCUUUCAUAGAAUUGCAGAGUCGGAAGGGACCAUGAAGCUCAUCAAGUCCAGCCCCCCUGCGAUGCAGGGAUCUUUUGCUCAACAUGGGGCUUGAACCCACAACCCAGAGAUCCCACUAUGCCACUCUGAAUCUCUCCUCCUUGACCCUUUCUCGCCCUUCUGAAAAAGCCCACUCAACUCAUUUGGGCAUAUCCUUCCCAUUAUAGCCUUGCACCUGCCUUCUCUCGCCUCCUCCUCCUCCCCGCAGCAUUGAAAUGUAGCUUAUCAGGGUUGUGGCUAAGCUCUGUCCGACUCAAGAGUAGAUCCAUUGGAAUGAAUGGGUCUACUCUGCAUACAACCCUAAGCUUGUGAGAGCGGAGACCUCCUCCACCACUUUUGCCUUUCCAUCAAGGAUAACGCAAUGUUAAUAAUCGUCGAGUUUUGCUGCAAAGGAAGCCUGUUAUGUAUUGAAGUUUCAGUUCUGUUCUGGCCUGUGAAUAAACAAGAGCUGUUUGAAGAAUCGCUGUGUCGUCUGAUAUGUUCACCCACAACUUAACACUGGCAACAAGGAUGGGAUGGAUGGACAUCGGAGCACAGCCAGAUGCAGCCACCCUCUGAGCGGAGCGGAAUCACUGAGCUGAAACACCGAGCGAAAUCACUGAACAGAACCAAUUCAGAGCUGACCGUUCUGGCUAGAGCACUGAGUUCCAUCCAUCGCCCUCCAUGCUGGCAUCGGAAUCAUGGCUUCACUUGUGCCUCUACCGCCGUUUGCGCCAGCCUCUGAAUCAUGGGACUCCUACCUCGCUCGGUUCGACUGCUACCUCCAAGCCAACGAGCUGACGGAAGUAUCACAGGAGCGUAAGCGGGGGCUAUUCCUCAACCUCUGUGGGCCUAAGGUGUUCAAGACGGCCCGAGCAUUGGUUGCACCAGUAGCAGUCCAGGCAACACCGUGGGACACGAUUCAAGAGAAGCUCCGCAACCACUACGCGCCAAAGCCGUCCAAGAUUGCUGCCCGCCAUGCGUUUUACCACCGGAACCAGGCAGAGGGGGAGUCAAUUAACAACUACACCGCCGCCCUCCGACAGGCUGCAGUGCGCUGUGAGUUCCGAGACUUAGACGAUGCCCUGAUGGAUCGAAUCGUCUGCGGGGUCUGGGACAUCCGUCUGCAACGGCGUCUCCUCGCCAAGCCAGACCUCACGCUGCAGAAAGCCAUUGAGGAGGCCGUGGCCUCGGAAGCUGCUGAACUCUCCGCCCAGGAAAUCCGCAAGGCCACCCGGACCCUGGUACUGGCCCUCGGUGAUCCAGCAGGGUUUCCAAGCGCCCAGUGUAUUUAAAAGACUAUGUUCACUGGACAAACUGCACAUGUAAAGCUGUAUGGUGAAUAGGGUCAAUUUAUAUGCUUAUGUUCCUUACGGAAACCAAUAAGGGUAUUGCUGUAUGGAAUGGAACCGCUAUGAUUGUAACUAAUGCCUUAUCUCGGUGGGGAGGAAUGUUAUAUAUUGAAGUUUUGGUUCCAUUCUGGCCUGUGAAUAAACAAGAGCUGUUUGAAGAAUCGCUGUGUCGUCUGAUAUGUUCACCCACAACUUAACAAAGCCCAAAUGACGCCAUUGUCCCAUUUGCCUCCUGAGUCUUUGGCGCGAGAAAGAGGACGCUUGAUGGUUGUCUAGCAACCACCAGCUGGUUUUGCUACCCCGCACAACUUGUUCUAGGCCCGGAAGAAUGUUUGGCUGAUUCCCUCUGGUGGAGCACCUUUUUCACAUGCAGAAGGUUCCAGGUUCGAGCCCCAGUGUCUCCAGUUAGGGCUGGGAACAUCCCCUGCCUGGAACUUUGAAGAAAUGCUACCAGUCAGUGUGGACAUUACUGACCUGGGUGGACCAAUGGCCUGACUCGGUGUAAGGGAGCGUCCUCUGUUUCUAUAGCCUUGGCAGCCAUCUUGUUUAGGAGAACCACAACCCCUAUAACACUCAAAUUGCACCUGGGACCACAACUUUCUCAACACCAUACAACCCUUCCGUUAGGAGAGCCAAGCUUGAUGGGGGUGUAUAUUCAAAUACCCGCCCCCCUUCAUGGUUGUGAAGCGCCCUGAGAUCUGCAGAUGAGGGGCAGUAUACAAAUUUAAUAAAUAAUAAUAAUAAUUAUUAUUAUUAUUUUGUAAAUUUGUAUACCACCCUAUACCCGUACAUCUCAAAAUAAAAUGACAAUACCACAAAAUACGAAACAAAACAAAAAAAGACAAUCCAAUAAACGGAAGGUUGUGCAUCUGUUGAUGAAGAUGAUUAACAAUAUCUGAAUGAUUUUUUUGUGGGUGGGUGGGGAACAGAUUUUUGCUCCUCUGACCACAUUUCAGGUGCUUCUCUUCAGACCCAGCUUCCUUCAGAGGAGCCUAGACUGCGGAAAAAAGUCACAUAAUACACUGUACAUUUAAAGCACUUUGAACAGUCACGGUUUCUCCUGAAGAAUCUUGGGAGCUGUAGUUUUUUUAAAGGGCGCUGAGAGUGCUUAGGAGACCCCUGUUGCCCUCCCAGAACUACAAUUCCCAGAGCGGUUUAACAGCCAUUCUGUCUUCCCAGAGAAUUGUAGCUCUGCGAGGGGAGCGGGAAGGGGCAACUCUGGGCGCCCUUGCCAAACUACAACUCCCAAAAUUAUUUGGGGGGAGGCUGCUACUGUUUAAAGUCGCAGUGCUUUCAAAGCAAGGUGCGAACGUGGGCACCGUCCAACCCUGUUCGAGCAGGCAGAGGAGAGAGGCUCCCAGGCAGAAUGGCUUUUUGGAGAUUAGUUUACAGCCCCUUGCUGCUCUCCUGCAGACCAAGUGCCCAAGUCGUAUGCCUCAUCUCCACCCCGGAGACACGAGCCAGGAACUGAUCCAGAAGUCCCCCUCCUUUAAAAUUUGGGUUGGGGUGAUUCCCAUUAAAUCGACCCGCCCUGUGCAGGCCCCGAGAUGUUAUCUCUUCCCAACCCUCCACCUGUCACGUCCGAGCGAGGUGCGGGGACGAGAGGGCUAUCGAUCUGUGGGUCGUGCUGGCUGGCUUUCCAGCUGACUAAUACUGAUCUUUUUUUAAGUCCCUGGAGAGGGGAUGACAUCAGUCCCCGAGGGGCUUGGCCCUGCCAGGGCAGAGUAAAAUUAGCUCCUGCAGGCAACCACCGGGAACUAAAUAUGGAUGUCGGUCGUUCCCCAUCUGGCGGCCUCUGUUUCACAGCAUGUGAAAGCGUGACCUAUUCCUGAGCCAGGAGGACACACGGUUGGCCCGAGAGGACGAGUCUGGAUUUGGAACGGCUCCCGGACCAAGGAGACCAGUGGUGGCUGCAUCUUCCACAGCACCCUGGUGGGGAUGUAGAGGAGAACCCUGGCGGCGCAAUGGUCCUCUUUUGCCCGGUGGGGAGUGUCAGGGAAGACCUCUGAAUACCAGCUGCUGGGGAUUCAGAAGUAGGGAAAGCAGUGUAAGGUAAUUUUAAAAAAUUGGGAAAUGAUAUACAACGAAUUGAAGAAAAUGUUCCAUUUAACAUUUGUUUAAAAAAUCCGGGGCAUUUUUGUUGGGGAUUGUAGGGAAAGACCUGCCAAAAAAGUUGAAAAGCAUCUUCGUGUAUGCGACAACGGCCGCGAGAGUUCUGGUUGCACAAGGAUGGAAGACUGAAGAAACCCCAACUAAGGAAUCAUGGCAAGAAAAAUUGACGGACUAUGCAGAACUGGCAAAACUGACAUAUAAGCUACGGGACAAGGAUAACUGUGGCUUUAAGGAUGAAUGGGAACCCUUUACAAAGUAUCUGAAGACGCAACAAAGCGAACUGGACUCCUUGGCUGGGUUUGAAUAAACAUUGACAAACUUUUUAUUGAUAAUAAUCAGCUAAAUAGUUUGAGGAUCUAUACAACUUUGUAACAUGCAGAAAACAGCAUUUUUAGAAAAAUCAAAGACUGGAACUGAGGGAAGUCGGGGGGUGGGUGGGUUUUGUGUGGGAGGGGGGAGGGAGGAAAAAUGUGGGGGGAAACAAGGAUGAUGUGUUUUUGCAUAAUAUGUCCUGUUAUAAUUUUGAAUAAAAAAAAAGAAAGCAGUGUUGAGCUCGGAUGCUGUUGUCGUUCUUCCCAUUGGGGCAUCUGUGACAGAAGCGAGCCAGCAAUAAAUCACAGCGAGUGACCUGGAGUUAACUCUUUACUAGCAAACACAGGAAGGUCAGUCCCAAGGAGCACAGUAACUGAUCUCCGGCCGGUCUUGCUUCCAUGAAGCAGUUGCUGAGACUGAAGGUCCCUGCCUCUCCCCACAGCUGCUGAAGUCCCCUCCUCUCCAGGAUUUCCCCCCAAGCAAUCAGAGACUGCGCCUGCCUGCAUCCAACCUCCCCUCUGCUCUUUUCAUGCCUCUCCUGGUACUGGGAGACAAGUGGGGAGAGGAGCUUGACGCAGCAGGAGGGGGAGACACCCAUUACUUUUUACUCAUCUCUGCCUCUUGGCCUCCCUCCUCCUGUUUCUGGACUUCUCUCUGCCACAGACUCUCCCUGCUCACAGGGUUGUUGUGAGGAUAAAGUCUGGAGGGGAGAAGCAGGUAAGCCUACUUGAGCUCCUUGGGAGUAGACUGCUACUACUUCUGUAUAGUUAAGGCUGUGGUUUUCCCAGUAGUGAUGUAUGGAAGUGAGAGCUGGACCACAAAGAAGGCUGAUCGCCGAAGAAUGGAUGCUUUUGAAUUAUGGUGCCGGAGGAGACUCUUGAGAGUCCCAUGGAAUGCAAGAAGAUCAAACCUCUCCAUUCUGAAGGAAAUCAGCCCUGAGUGCUCACUGGAAGGACAGAUUGUGAAGCUGCAACUCCAGUACUUUGGCCACCUCAUGAGAAGAGAAGACUCCCUGGAAAAGACCCUGAUGUUGGGAAAGAUGGAGGGCACAAGGAGAAGGGGACGACAGAGGACGAGAUGGUUGGACAGUGUUCUUGAAGCUGCCAGCAUGAGUUUGACCAAACUGCGGGAGGCAGUGGAAGACAGGAGGGCCUGGCGUACUCUGGUCCAGGGGGUCGCGAAGAGUUGGACACAACUAAACGACUAAACAACACUACUACUACUACUACUACUUCUACUGAUGACAACAACCUCUACUGACCUUUGCAUACACAAAAAGUUCCAGUUAUAACCCCCCUUUUAAUUCAGCUGUGAUUUGUGUAUACAUAAUCAUAGAAUAUGGGACAUGGGUGGCGCUGUGGUCUAAACCACUGAGCCUUGGGCUUGCCGAUCAAAAGGUCGUGGUUCGAAUCCCUGUGACCGGGUGAGCUCCUGUUGCUCGGUCCCUGCUCCUGCCAACCUAGCAGUUCGAAAGCACACCAGUGCAAGUAGAUAAAUAGGUACAACUCUAGCAGGAAAGUAAACGGCGUUUCCAUGCGCUGCUCUGGUUCGCCAGAAGUGGCUUAGUCAUGCUGGCCACAUGACCUGGAAGCUGUACGCCGGCUCCCUCGGCCAGUAAAGCGAGAUGAGUGCUGCAACCCCAGAGUCGUCUGUGACUGGACCUAACGGUCAGGGGUACCUUUACCUUUACCUUAAUCAUAGAAUUGCAGAGUUGGAAGGGACCGCAAGGAUCAUCUAGUCCAACCCCCUGCGAUGCCAGAAUAUUUUUCUCCACAUGGGGCUCAAACCCCAGACCCUGAGUUUAAGAGUCUCAUGUUCUACCAACUGAGCUAUCCCUCAGGCCAUUUUUAUACCCAACAUCACUCAGCUACAGCCAGUGAGACUCUUCGGAAUAUUCGUUCCUCGGUGCCACCUCGGUCUGUCACCUUUUAAUUGACACCAGUAGGGUUGCCAUAUUUCAAAAAGUGAAAAUUCAGACGGAAACAAUUGUCCAAAACGACACUGCUGCCAUACGUCCAGAUUUUCCUGGACAUUUCCCCGAAUUCCGCUCAGAUGCUGCUUGCGGCUGCAGUAAUCCAGAUAUGUCCAGACAUAUGGCAACCUGUUACCGUAUUUUUUGCUCUAUAAGACUCACUUUUUCCCUCCUAAAAAGUAAGGGGAAAUGUGUGUGUGUCUUGUGAAGCGAAUGCAGGCUGCACAGCUAUCCCAGAAGCCAGAACAGCAAGAGGGAUUGCUGCUUUCACUGCGCUGCGAUCCCUAUUGCUGUUCUGGCUUCUGAGAUUCAGAAUAUAUUUUUUCUUGUUUUCCUCCUCCGAAAACUAGGUGCGUCUUGUGGUCUGGUGCAUCUUAUAGAGUGAAAAAUACGGUACCUUCUCAGCUUCUGACACCUCCUAUUUCCAGGCUACUCCCUCUUCUGACCUGUAAUUGUCCCACCAUCACUCCAUGGUCUCUGAGCCUUCUUCCCCUGGAGGCUCCACAGCCAACUCCUCCCAUCGCUCCUCUGCAUCCAGCCAGUCCCUGACAUGUGGGACUUUGAGGUUAAAAGUCUCAUGCUCUACCAACUUAAACUCCCACUCCCAGUCUCAGUGUAAGUAGCAUCGCAGUUGAGAUUCAGUGAUAUGAGACAGCUGUAAGUGCAUAGGGCACGCGAGUCCCUACUUUUACGUUUCCGAGCACAAUUCAAAGUGUUGAUCUUUAAAGCCCUAAAUGGCCUCGGCCCAGAAUAUUUGAAGGAGCGUCUCCACCUCCAUCAUUCUGCCCGGACACUGAGGUCCAGUGCCGAGGGCCUUCUGGCAGUUCCCUCGUUGCGAGAAGCAAAGUUACAGGGAACCAGGCAGAGGGCCUUCUUGGUGGUGGCGCCCGCCCUGUGGAACGCCCUCCCACCAGAUGUCAAGGAGAUAAACAACUACCUGACAUUCAGAAGACAUCUGAAGGCAGCCCUGUUCAGGGAAGUUUUUAAUGUGUGACAUCUUAGUGUAUGCUUGGUCUUUUGUUGGAAGCCGCCCAGAAUGGCUGGGGAAACCCAGCCAGAUGGGCGGGGUAAAGUAAAGGUAAAGGGUCCCCUGACCGUUAGGUCCAGUCGUGGCCAACUCUGGGGUUGCGGCGCUCAUCUCGCUUUAUUGGCCGAGGGAGCCGGCGUACAGCUUCUGGGUCAUGUGGCCAGCAUGACUAAGCUGCUUCUGGCGAACCAGAGCAGCGCACGGAAACGCCAUUUACCUUCCCGCCGGAGUGGUACCUAUUUAUCUACUUGCACUUUGACGUGCUUUCAAACUGCUAGGUGGGCAGGAGCAGGGACCGAGCAACGGUAGCUCACCCCGUCACGGGGAUUCGAACCGCCGACCUUCUGAUUGGCAAGUCCUAGGCUCUGUGGUUUAACCCACAGCGCCACCCGUGUCCCUAUGGGCGGGGUACAAAUAAAUUAUUAUUAUUAUUAUUAUUAUUAUUAUCUUUUAAGGCAGGUUUACCCAUUGUGUUUGCUCUCUACAUAUCGCAGGACUACAACUCCCAUCAUCCGUGACCGCUGGCUUUGCUAGCUUGAAGAAUCUGUUCAGUUUUUGACAGGCAAUGUCAAAACUGUGGACUGAGCUAUCCUAUUCGAGGUCUCCUGUUCAGACAGUAAUGCGUACAAUUUGGAAACCCAUGUUUUUUUGUGUGGAGGUGUAUGCUGCCAGUUCAGCCAAAUGCGACCCUGGUCUUCUGCCCCAAAAUUCCUUCCCUAAAGGAUCCCACGCACAAAGCCCUCUCUCCAGCAGUUGCAAUUCAGAAGCAAUUUCAGAAGCGAUCUCGUCGCGCCGAUGCCAUUCUUUUAGGAUUGUUUUGUUGUAGUAAUAAUAAUAAUAAUAAUAAUAAUAAUAAUAAUAAUUUAUUUAUACACCGCCCAUCUGGCUGGGUUUCCCCAGCCACUCUGGGCGGCUUCCAACAAAGUAUUAAAAUACAGUAGUCUGUUAAACAUUAAAAGUUUCCCUAAACAGGGCUGCCUUCAGAUGUUUUCUAAAAGCCUGGUAGUUGUUGUUCUCUUUGACAUCUGGUGGGAGGGCGUUCCACAGUGAGGGAGCCACCACAGAGAAGGCCCUCUGCCUGGUUCCCUGUAACUUGGUUUCUCGCAGUGAGGGAACCACCAGAAGGUCCUCGGCGCUGGACCUCAGUGUCCGGGCUGAACGAUGGGAGUGGAGAGGCUCCUUCAGGUAAGCACAAACGGAAAAGUAAUAAAGAAGUUUGGCUAUUUGCGGCCUCUCGACUGCACCAGGAAUUCCUCCUGUUCGUUUCCAGACUUGAGCUCCCUUUUGUGGGGGAAGAGAGUUUCUUUAGGCAGACAAUUUCAUGUAGGAAUUUGGCAGCUCAGCCAAAUCCUUCGUAAAUAUAUUUUUUUAAAAAGCAGCAAACCCCAGGCAGCCAAAAAAUGAAAUAGAAAAGGAGCAGAGAGGGAGGUGUAAGGACACGUCUAAAAGAGAGCUGGUUUUUCGUUCCAAGUUCCCAUCAUCAGAGGAAGCGGAGAGCGCCUAAGGGUUGCACACCUGUGUUGUGGGAGGGGGGGGGAGGACGCAAGCUACCCACUGAUUUCUGCUACUUGGCACUGUUGCUGUGGGAAGUUUCGUUCUUCAGGACUGAGUUGGACACUACUUAGCUUUGGGGGUGAGGGGUGGGGAAGAAAUUUGAUCCUUUUCGCACCUGAACCUGAACCGGAAGCUAACCUGCGUGCUCCGAAACAAUGCGAAAAGCGAAACGCAGGCCUCUCUCUGAAAUUCACCCUUCUCCAAGGUUUGCAGUUCAGUCCUCUAGCUGGGUCCCCAGAUGUUGUUGGACUACAACUCCCAUCAUCCCUGAGCUCUGGCCUUGCUAGCUAGGGGUGAUGGGAGUUGUAGUUCAACAACAUCUGGGGAACCAUAAUUUGAGAAAGGCUGCGUAGGCAAACUAAGGCCUGUGGGCCGGAUCCGGCCCAAUCGCCUUCUAAAUCCGGCCCACGGACAGUCUGAGAAUCGGCAUGUUUUUACAUGAGUAGAAUGUGUCCUUUUAUUUAAAACACAUCUCUGGGUUAUUUGUGGGGCGUAGGAAUUUGUUCAUUUUUCCUCCUUCAAAAUAUAGUCCGGCCCCCCACAAGGUCUGAGGGACAGUGGACCGGCCCCAUUCUGAAAAAGUUUGCCGUCCCCUGCGUCUAGGCAGAUUGUGUGUCAAAAAAGAGGGAGGGAGCAUUUGUUAGAGUAAAGUGUGCAUAGAAAUGCACACAUUACUGGAAAAUAGGACACAACUUUGCAUUACCCUUGGGAAAAAUUGCUCUGGAGAAAGGUGUCCACUUAGUAAAACUGCGUAGAAAAACACGUGUUGGGGGGGAAAUUCACACUAAAAUGCUGGCGGAUUUUCAUGAGAUUUUUAAAGAAAGCCUUAAAAUGUUGUGGAAAUGUGGAGAAGUGACUGGAAAAACGAGAAACUGAGAUAAAAUGAGAUGGGUGGAUGGAGUCUUGCUCCAGAUGUUGCAGUACCAACUUCUGCAUUUGAGCAUGAAAGUUAAGAAGAAGAAGAAGAAGAAGAAGAAGAAGAAGAAGACCGGGCUCAGGGCAGCUAACAACCAAUAAUAAAAACAAAUUGAUUAAAAUACAAUUUAAAAACAAGAUUAAAAUACAACAUUAAAACAGGAUGCAGCCUCUUCACAGGAGGAGAAAGGAAAAAGAAAGAGGGGGAGGGAAUCAAACUGAUUCCAAGCCAAAGGCCAGGUGGAACAACUCUGUCUUACAGGCCCUGCGGAAAGAAAUCAGAUCCUGCAGGGCCCUGGUCUCAUGAGACAGAGCGUUCCACCAGGCUGGGGCCAGUGUUGAAAAGGCCCUGCCUCUGGUUGAGGCUAAUCUGACUUCCUUAGGGCCCGGGACCUCUAGGGUGUUGCUAUUUAUGGACCUUAAGGUCCUCCGUGGGGCAUACCGGGAGAGGCGGUCCCGUAGGUACGAUGGUCCUAGGCUGUGAAGGGCUUUAAAGGUCAAAACCAGCACCUUGAACCAGACCCUGUACUCCACCGGGAGCCAAUGCAGCUGGAAAAGCACUGGGUGAAUAUGCUCCCAUGGCAGAGACCCUGUGAGGAGCCUCGCUGCAGCAUUCUGCACCCGCUGGAGUUUCUGGGACAGCUUCAAGGGCAGCCCCGCGUAGAGCGAAUUACAGUAGUCAAGCCUGGAGGUGACUGUCGCAUGGAUCACUGUGGCCAGGUCGGGGCGGGAAAGGUCAGGGACCAACUGCUUGAUGCGGCGAAGGUGGAAAAAUGUCACCUUGGCUGUUGCUGUAACCUGCGCCUCCAUGGAAAGGGAGGCGUCAAGGAUUACACCCAAACUCUUAAUGGAAGGCAAUGGCACUAAUUGGGCCCCCGCAAGAGAAGGGAGUUGGUCCUUCAUCUCCAUGCCAUCCCGACCCAGCCAUAGGACCUCUGUCUUCGAAGGAUUUAGUUUCAAUCGGCUCCCAUGAAACCAUCCGGACACAGCUUCCAAGCAUCUGGUCAGAUCUCCAGGAUCUUUAGGUUGACUAGGAGAGACUCUGUAGUGGACUGGCUGGGUGCAACUGGGGAACCAGCUGAGGAACCACUGAGGGAAGAAGGCUGAGAGCCCGGGGAGUGGUGGUGGGAUGAUCAGGAAUGGUCAGAGGGGGAAGACUGGGGAGAGGAGCUGUCGGAAGCUGAAAGGGUAACAUGGCGUAAUGCUUUGAAAGAGAAUAUGAUGAAAAUGAUGUAUAGAUGGUGUAUUACACCAGUGAAAUUAGCUAAAAGGUAUAAGACAAAUAAUAAAUGUUGGAAAUGUAAAGAAAAAGAAGGAACAUUUUAUCAUAUGUGGUGGGAAUGUAAAAAAGGAAAAACUUCUGGGAAAUGAUAUAUAAUGAGCUGAAAAAGAUGUUUUUUAAAAACCAGAAACAUUUUUACUUGGUAUUAUAGGUCAGGACAUUAAUAGGCAAAUGUUAAAUUGUUUUUAUAUGCAACAACUGUGGCAAGAGUGUUGUUAGCCCAGAAAUGAAAACAAGAAGAAAUUACGACGAAAGAAGAAUGGCAGACAAAAUUAAUGGACUGUGCAGAAUUGGACAAAAUGACAGGAAGGAUUCGAAACCUGCAGGACCAGAGAUUUACAGAAGAUUGGAAGAAGUAUAUGAAUUAUUUGAAGAGCAACUGUAAUCAACAAAUUACGCUAGUAGAACUACAAGAAGUUUUGUAAGGAGAGAUAUACGAAGUGUUAUAAAGUAGAAAAAGAUAGAGAUAUUGGUUAUGAGUUUGAAAUGUAAUAGGGAAGAUAAGAAAUGCAUACUGAGAGAUUAGAUUGAAAAAUUUUCAGACAGGAUUGAUGGAAGUCAAAAAUCUGAAUAAGAUGUAAAAGUAUGUUUAAUUACUGUUGAAAAUGAUAUGUUAAAAAAACUAAUAAAAAAUUAUAAUAAUGAAAGGGUAACAUGGUGUAGGGACGCGGGUGGCGCUGUGGGUUAAACCACAGAGCCUAGGACUUGCCGAUCAGAAGCUUGGCGGUUCGAAUCCCCACGACGGGGUGAGCUCCCGUUGCUUGGUCCCUGCUCCUGCCAAACUAGCAGUUCAAAAGCACGUCAAAGUGCAAGUAGAUAAAUAGAUACCACUCUGGCUGGAAGGUAAACGGCGUUUCUGUGCGCUGCUCUGGUUCACCAGAAGUGGCUUAGUCAUGCUGGCCACAUGAUCCAGAAGCUGUACGCUGGCUCCCUCGGCCAAUAAAGCGAGAUGAGCGCCGCAACCCCAGAGUCGGCCACGACUGGACCUAAUGGUCAGGGGUCCCUUUACCUUUAACAUGGUGUAGUGAGCAGGGAGAGUCUGUGGCAGAGAGAAGUCCAGAAUUAAGAGGCAGAAACUGAAGCAGGAAAGGAGGGAUGUCAAGAGGCAGAGAUGAGUCCAGUUGGUGAAGAGACACAGCUGUCUUCCCCUCAUGCUGCAACAAGCUCCCUUCCCUCCUUGUCUCCCAGAACCAGAAGAGGCAUGAAAAGGGCAGAGGGGUGGUUGGAUGCAGGCAGGCGCAGUCUCCGAUUGCUUGGGGAAAGCUCUGGAGAGGAGGAGACUUAAGCAGCUGUGGGGUGGCAGGGAUUUUCAGUCUCAGCAACUGAUCCAUGGGGUGAGACCUAGCAGGGAGAGCUGUCCAUUAGGCCCGACACUCCACCAAGUCUGUGCAGAUCGUGUUCUUGCUAAUAAAGAGUUAACACCAACUUGCUCAGUGUGAUUUAUUGCUGGCUCGCAGCGGCGUAGUGUGGGUUGUCAGCACCCGGGGCAAGGCAAGUAAUUUGCGCCCCCUAACCCGGGGCAAGGCAAGUAAUUUGCACCCCCUAACCCGGGUCAAGGCAAGUAAUUUACGCCCCCUAACCCCUAACCUGCCGCCGCUGCCAGCUUCUUCUUGCUGCUGCCUGGUCUGGUCUGGUGUGGUUCUCUCCCGCGCUCCGCGCUGCGCUGGGCGGCCGCUGCACUGUCCCUCCCCCAGAUAGUCCCUCGCUCUCUCUCCGCACCGCACGCCUGGCACCCACCCCCUCCACAGUGGGCGGCGACCCAGCGGCUCCGAUCGGAUUCGCACAGCCAGCACUGCAGUGAGAGAGAGUGAGUGAGCCAGGUAGGGGCAGAGAGCUGCGAGUGCGAGCGCCCCCCCCCCCAGAUGUUGCGCCCGGUGCGGCCGGCACCCACUGCACCCCCCACGCUACACCACUGCUGGCUCGCUCCUGACUCCCCAAAACUUGUCGUGUGAAUCACAGCCCCCUAAAAUGAAGAAAGCGUCUUGUUUCCUGGGUAUCGGACUCCUCCAGCCUUCCCCGCCCCUCGGCCACAAUAAAUGUUGUGCGACGACUUGCACCAGCACCGGCCGGGCUAGCUGAUCUUCUGACACCCCCUCAGGCAUGAUCUGUUUUGGAUAUCCCUUUUUAUACGUGGUUCUAACCAAAACAAAUAACCCCCAUCUCUUUUUUUAUUGCGAGAAAAUGUGUUUUUUGCCGAAACCGUACGGUUGGGGGGGACGGACAAGGAGGGGAGUGCAGGUUGUUAGAGGCCUGUAUUAAUUUUUAUUUUUUGUAAUUAUAUUUAUAUAUAUAAAAAAGAAGACUGAUGUGUUUUGGCUGCCUUCCUGCGGCUUUCCCCUCUUUCAAAUAAAGCCCCCUUCAUAAGCCGCCGAGCCGCGCUCCCUCGCUAACCAAAGGCUUUUGUCGUCUCGGGGGGAAGCGAGGGAGGGCGCCCCACAAUGAGGCUUUGAAUCUGGCAAGGGAGUUUGCUCCGAGUGAAGCCUCUUUUGCCAUGUUUGCUGCAGGCGCUAACAAAUUACUCCGCCUGACAGCUGAAAGACGUUUGUGUGUGUCUUGGCCCGAUUCAGUGGGGCAGACUGGGCAGUAGCCUUGGGGUGGGGUGUCUGUGUGACUAGGAAAGCAGAGAAGGCCUGUGGGGCAGCAAGCAUCGUGUCUAAAGCCUUGUUGUUGUUGUUUAGUCGUUUAGUCGUGUCCGACUCUUCGUGACCCCCUGGACCAGAGCACGCCAGGCACUCCUGUCUUCCACUGCCUCCCGCAGUUUGGUCAAACUCAUGUUGGUAUCUUCGAGAACACUGUCCAACCAUCUCGUCCUCUGUCGUCCCCUUCUCCUUGUGCCCUCCAUCUUUCCCAACAUCAGGGUCUUUUCCAGGGUCUUCUCUUCUCAUGAGGUGGCCAAAGUAUUGGAGCCUCAGCUUCAGGAUCUGUCCUUCCAGUGAGCACUCAGGACUGAUUUCCUUCAGAAUGGAGAGGUUUGAUCUUCUUGCAGUCCAUGGGACUCUCAAGAGUCUCCUCCAGCACCAGAAUUCAAAAGCAUCAAUUCUUCUGCGAUCAGCCUUCUUUAUGGUCCAGCUCUCACUUCCAUACAUCACUACUGGGAAAACCACAACUUUAACUAUAUGGACCUUUGUUGGCAAGGUGAUGUCUCUGCUUUUUACAGCAUCCCAUAUGCUUCAGACAAUAUCAUUUUGUGUAAUCAUGGAGUUGCAGAGUUGCGAGGGACCCCAGGGGUCAUCCAAACCAACCCCCUGCGAUGCAGAAAUCUCAACUAGAAUACCCCUGACAAAUGGCCACCCAACCUCUAAGGAAGGAGAGUCCACCACUUCCCGAGGGAGUCCAUUCCACUGUCUUUUUUUAAAAAAAAAUAAUUAUUCAUUUUCUUUUUCAUUCAUUACAUACAUCUCAUAUUCAUAACGUUUACUAUGCAUUCCUUCCUUCCACUUCCGGUUUGUUUCUGCUUUCACCCACUUUGCUGUCUCCUAAAAGAAAAGGCUACUAAUAACAUAUUUCUACAAUAACAUCAAACCUAAAAACAUAACUAUAACAAUGAAUACAUCAUAUUAUUUCUCUAUCUUCCACACAUUUUCUAAUACUAAUAAUGUGAAUGUUUAUUUAAAUCCUGCCAUCCAGUCUAUAGACCUUCUUUGUUUCUGCAAGUAUAAUAUAAAUGGUUCCCGUUCUUUUUCAAAGCCACUCUUGUCUUUUUCUCUUAGUCUGUCUGUCGUUUUUGCCAGUUCUGCAUAGUUCAUCAGCUUCUCUUGUCAUUGUUCCAAACAGCUCUUACUGUCAGAAAGUUCUUCCGGGUCUUGAGUUGGAAUCUCCUUUCUGUUAUUUCGCUCUCUCUUCAGAGAAAUGAUGUGGAGUUAUCUGACCUCUGAGCCAAGGAGAUAAGAAACUACAGUGGUACCUCAGGUUACAUACGCUUCAGGUUACAGACUCCGCUAACCCAGAAAUAGUGCUUCAGGAUAAGAACUUUGCUUCAGAAUGAGAACAGAAAUCGUGCUCCGGCAGCGCGGCAACAGCGGGAGGUCCCGUUAGCUAAAGUGGUGCUUCAGGUUAAGAACAGUUUCAGGUUAAGAACGGACCUCCAGAACGAAUUAAGUACUUAACCCGAGGUACCACUGUAUUCAACCUUCAGAAGACAUCUGAAGGAAGUCCUGUACAGUCGUACCUCGGGUUACAGAUGCUUCAGGUUGAGCGUUUUUGGGUUGCGCACCGCUCCAAACCCGGACGUACUGGAACGGGUUACUUCCAGGUUUCGGUGCUCAUAUGUGUGCAGAAAUGCUAAAUCGCGCUUUGCACAUGCGCAGAAGCGCCGAAUCACAACCCGCAUGUGCGCAGACGCAGCGCUUUGGGUUGCGAACGUGCCUCCUGCACGGAUCACGUUCACAACCCAAGCGUCCACUGUAUAGGGAAGUUUUUUAAUACAGUGGUACCUCGGGUUAAGAACUUAAUUUGUUCAGGAGGUCCGUUCUUAACCUGAAACUGUUCUUAACCUGAGGUACCACUUUAGCUAAUGGGGCCUCCCACUGCUAUUGCGCCGCUGCUGCACAAUUUCUGUUCUCAUCCUGAAGCAAAGUUCUUAACUCGAGGUCCUAUUUCUGGGUUAGUGGAGUCUGUAACCUGAAGCAUCUGUAACCCGAGGUACCACUGUAUUGUUUCAUUAUGUUUUUAUGUAUGUCAGAAGCCGCCCAGAGUGUCUGGGGCAACCCAGUCAGGUGGGAAGGGUGUAAAUAUUACUAAUAUUAUUGUGGUUGUUGUUGAAUGUUGUUGUUGUUGUUGAGUCGUUUAGUCGUGUCCAACUCUUCGUGACCCCCCUGGACCAGAGCACGCCAGGCACUCCCGUCUUCCACUGCCUCCCGCAGUUUGGUCAAACUCAUGCUGGUAGCUUCGAGAACACUGUCCAACCAUCUCGUCCUCUGUUGUCCCCUUCUCCUUGUGCCCUCCAUCUUUCCCAACAUCAGGGUCUUUUCCAGGGUCUUCUCUUCUCAUGAGGUGGCCAAAGUAUUGGAGCCUCAGCUUCAGGAUCUGUCCUUCCAGUGAGCACUCAGGGCUGAUUUCCCUAAGAAUGGAGAGGUUGGAUCUUCUUGCAGUCCAUGGGACUCUCAAGAGUCUCCUCCAGCACCAGAAUUCAAUAGGACUUUCCUAUUUUCACCAGAGAAACAUUGGAGAAUAUGUUUCCCCGCUGUCGUUUGGUCAAGUUUGUCUCAGGUCAUCUGAAAGUGGCCCUAGGUGCACAUCUCGUCAUAGCGUUUUUUUGGCGUGUGUUCAGGGCCACCCGAUCUCGGUUCAGGAGCCCGUCCAAAAUCCUGUCACGCUAUUUGACCAGGGAGGCAAAUUAUCGCCUCCCUGCGGGGGGCUCAUUAAGACCUGCUUGCUCCUGUGAGUGUGAAAAAUAUUGUUUUUGAGGCAUCAUUUCAUUUUAAUAUUAUUUUUUUACGAGCCUGGGGACCGUCGGCUGUCCCUGUCAGCGGCAUCUAUUUUUAAAGCAGGGGCUGACAGGCGAUGGCAUCAUCGUGUUGAUGUAGCGACCGGGGAGAGUAAAUAAAGUGGAAAGGGACGGAGGUUUAUUCAGUGCCGUGAGGUUGAUUUCCCAACCGAAGGCUGGUGCCUAGGAAGGCAUUCGUAUUACUCAAACACAGCUUUCUUGCAGUCCUUACACAGUACAAUAGUAUAUAUCAACGGUUAUUAAUGUGGUAACGUUGUGGAUAGCAGGGGAGGAUAUAUUGAUUAAAUAUUAUCCUUCCUCACUCACACUAGGCAGUAGCAGAGUGCUUAGUAGGAAGCUAGUUGGUAGAUUCGUUUGAAUCUCUUUACUUAAGCCAUCCAAUCUGGCUUUGUCCAGAUUGGGCAUGGGUAGCCAAACUAAGGCCUGGGGGCUGGAUCCGGCCCAAUCACCUUCUCAAUCCGGCCCGCAGACGGUCCAGGAAUAAGUGUGUUUUUAUAUCAGUAGAAUGUGCCCUUUUAUUUAAAAUGCAUCUCUGGGUUAUUUGUGGGGCAUAGGAAUUCGUUCAUUUUUUUCCUUUCAAAAUAUAGUUCGGUCCCCCACAAGGUCUAAGGGACAGUGGACCGGCUCCCUGCUGAAAAAGUUUGCUGACCCCUGAGAUUGGGUUUGUUCCUGCUAAAUUCCCCUCUUAUCCCGCUCAAAAAGAAAAAAGACGCUACAGUCCUCUUUUAAAAGUAACGAUAAGAAGUUUACUCGCAUUCAGUUCACAGUAGGUUCCCUGAAGGCAGCCUUUAGCUUGGAAUUACAGAGGAGAGAGUCGGUUCAUCCCAUGUAGGGAAAUGAGCCCAUGUGCUCCUGGCUGCGUGACCAGCCCUUUUAUGAGGUCUCCCAGGGCCCCGCCCAUCUACCUGGUCACUCCAGACCAGGUGUGACAGGAAGUCCUCCUGGCUGGAGUAACAUCCCCUUGUGUGUCCACUCUGGGCAAACGGGAAGUGCUGUACUUGACUGCUUAUGUUACACUCCACAAUUCAGGUGUAAGAUCAGCCUUGCCAGUCAACAGAGGAGCUUUAGCCUGUACAGUGGUACCUCGGGUUAAGUACUUACCGUACUUUUCGCUCUAUAAGACGCACCAGACCAUAAGACGCAUCUAGUUUUUGGAGGAGGAAAACAAGAAAAAAUAAUAUUCUGAAUCUCAGAAGCCAGAACAGCAAGAGGGAUCGCUGCGCAGUGAAAGCAGCAAUCCCUGUUGCUGUUCUGGCUUCUGGGAUAGCUGCACAGCUUGCAUUCGCUCCAUAAGACGCAGACACAUUUCCCCUUACUUUUUAGGAGGGAAAAAGUGAGUCUUAUAGAGCAAAAAAUACGGUAAUUUGUUCUGGAGGUCCGUUCUUAACCUGAAACUUCUUAACCUGAAGCACCACUUUAGCUAAUGGGGCCUCCCGCUGCUGCCGUGCCACCGGAGCACAGUUUCUGUUCUCAUCCUGAAGCAAAGUUCUUAACCCGAGGUACUCUUUCUGGGUUAGCGGAGUCUGUAACCUGGAGCGUAUGUAACCCGAGGUACCACUGUACAGUCAUGCCUCAUGUUACGUUUGCUUCAGGUUGCGCGUUUUCAGGUUGCGUCCCGCGGCGACCCAGAAGUACCAGAAAGGGUUCUUUUCGGGUUUUGCCGCUCGCACAUGCGCAGAUGCGCAAAAUGGCGUCAUGUGCAUGCGCAGAAGUGGCGAAACGCGACCUGCGCAGACGUGGGGUUCGUUCUGCUCAUGUUGCGAACGGGCCUCCGGAACGGAUCCCGUUCACAACCAGAGGUACCACUGUACAUCUUGAUUUCUUGGCCUUUGGGCUAAGGUCGAGUGUAGUUUCUUGUUACUAGCAAACAAACCCCCAAGGGCUGGGCUUGGGGAGCUGCCAGUUAGCAGCAUCUUGAGGAUAGGCUCCUAGGGUCCUUCUGGACAUCCUUUUGUGGUGCAUUCACGACGAUUUGCACUUGUGAUGGUUUCAGAGUGGUUAUAUCAUGUGAAAAACCCGAAUUUGGUGCUAGGUGCCAUUAGGAAGGAAUUGAAAACAAGACUUCUCGUAUUAGUAUGCUGUGAUACGAAUCGUUGGUGCAACUGCGUUUGGAGUUCUGUGGACCGUUCUGGGUGCCUCCGCUCAAAAAGGAUGCUGGGGAAAGUUCGUAGAAGGGCAGCCAUGAUCCUGGCGAGGCAGAGGCUCCCCCGCAGACAAAGGCUGCAGCGUUUGGGAGGUUUCAGUUUAGAGAAAAGGCGAGGAAGAGGCAAAAUGUUAGACGUACCUGAAAUGGUGUGUGGCAUGCAGAGAGUGGGUGGAGAGAAGGUUUUCUUCCUCUCUCGUAAUACCUAAAUGCAUGGACUUUGUGAUUUUAAAGUCUUAGAUAUAUAAUAAAUGUUCAUAAAUGUACCAACCGAGCAUGUACAUAGAUCAGCACAGGAACACCGACCUGAAACCAUUUUUGAUUCCCAAACCGACCAAAUGUUUUCUCUGCAAGGAAAAUGGAGAAGCCUCCCCAUUGUCUUUUCCUUCACAAAUCCUGUCUUAAGGAUAUGUCUGUCUGUGUUUGAAUAGGGUGAGCCUGUGAACUGGCUCAGGUACUAAGUAUUUAUCAUUACAAAAGACUGGCCAGGCUCCCCAAGGUAUCCAAUCAAGUGAGCAUUAACAGGCAAACCUGUCAAAUGAGAUAAACAACGCACUCAGAUUUCUGCUGUAGACCGCCUUUUCUGUGAUGUAGGUAUGAUGUAUCUUGGGGGUGGUGGUCUUGGGUUACACCCCUUCUGUGAUGUAUGUAUGAUGUAUGGAGGGGUGGUCUGGAGCUCCAGGGCGGGCAAUUUAAAAUUUCUAUAUAAGGGCAGGUACACCUUUGUUUGGGGUCCUCCUCCUUUCCUGCAGGUGAGGGGAGCACCCUAUUGCAACAGUUCAAUAAAGAUCAGGCUUACGAGCUGCUUUGCUUCUCAAUAUUCUCUGGUUGGCCUCUGUUAUUUUCUCCUACCAAUAGGGAACCUACGUAAGGACUCUAUAUGGGCUCUUGGAUACCCCAUAAGGGAAGAAGGGCAGAUUUUGUUUACAACAACUUCCUUUUUUUUUUUUAAUAAACGAUUUUUAUUAAGGUUUCAAUAAAAAGUUAGACAGAAAGACAUAAAAAAGAAAUACACAAAUACACAAUACACAAUACAUAAUCCAAAAAAAGAAAGAAAAACACAAAAAAACCAAAAAGCAGGAAAAAAAACAGAACAAUUAAAAACAAUAUCACUUUUUCAUUUCCGUUUUUAAAUUACUUAUUUUCUGGACUUCCUCAUACCUCCCUCUUUUGUAUUCCAGUCUAAAUUGUUUGUCCAGCAAUUUCUUUUCCACUUUUUAAUCCCAGUCUUUAAUCUUAAUAUAAUAUAACAUCAAAAUUUUACCUCUUAAGUACCAAAUUUCCAUUUCCUUGGACUUCUUUAAUCCUAAUCUUUAAUCUCACUGUAAUAUAAUGUUAAAAUUUUACCUCUUAAGUACCAAAUUUCCAUUUCCUUAAACUUAAACUUCUUUCAUCCUAAUCUUUAAUCUUAAUCUAUCUAUAACUUUAUCCUGUACAGCUGGAAACCACUUAUUUUCAAUCCAACAUCACUCUAACAUUCAUUAAUUUUGCAGUGUUUCUGUAGAUAAUCUUUGAAUUUCUUCCAAUCUUCCUCCACCGACUCUUCUCCCUGGUCAUGGAUUCUGCCAGUCAUUUCCGCCAGUUCCAUAUAGUCCAUCAGUUUCAUCUGCCAUUCCUCCAGCGUGGGAAGUUCUUGUGUCUUCCAGUACUUUGCGAUGAGUAUUCUUGCUGCUGUUGUUGCAUACAUAAAGAAAGUUCUAUCCUUUUUUAACACCAUUUGGCCGACUGUUUACAACAACUUCCAACGGAGCUCAUGGAGGUAUCAGUGGCUACCAGCCACAAUGGCUCUGCCUCCACUUCUGAAUCCCAGUUCCUGGAAACUGCAGGAAGGGAGGGCUCUGGUGCUCGGAUCCUGCUUCCAGGUUCUCCACAGCAUCUGUUUGGCCGCUUUCAGAACAGGGCAUUGGAUCUAGCAGGGUUUUUCUUAUGUUCUUGGGGGUCAACAAAGUGGGAAAGAAUUUGAACAAAUUUGAGCAAGAAUGGACACUGGCGAACUCUGAAAGCAAAGAGUGCAAUAAUUGGGUGCACUCUUCCCACCUUGGAUCAAAUCUAUGCUUCCAGGUGCUAUAAGAAAGCUGCAGAGAUAGCGCAGGAUAGUGCGCACCCCGGAAAUGAUCUCUUUCAGCUUCUGCCUUCUGGAAGAAGGUACAGGGUUAUAAAGACUAGGACUAGCCGCCUGAGAAACAGUUUCUAUCCAAAUGCGAUUUUGGUUUUAAACGCAAUGUAAGGAGUCUCUAGGGAUGCGGGUGGCACUGUGGGUUAAACCACAGAGCCUAGGGAUUGCCUAUCGGAAGGUCGGCGGUUCAAAUCCCCGGGACGGGGUGAGCUCCCGUUGCUCGGUCCCUGCUCCUGCCAACCUCGCAGUUCGAAAGCACGUCAAAGUGCAAGUAGAUAAAUAGAUACCGCUCCGGCGGGAAGGUAAACGGCGUUUCUGUGCGCUGCUCUGGUUCGCCAGAAGCGGCUUAGUCAUGCUGGCCACAUGACCCGGAAGCUGUACGCCGGCUCCCUCGGCCAAUAAAGCGAGAUGAGCGCCGCAACUCCAGUGUCGGCCACGACUGGACCUAAUGGUCAGGGGUCCCUUUACCUUUACCUAAGGAGUCUCUAUGGGAGUAUAUUGUAUUUUAAAAAUGGGGUGUCAGAGUUUUUAGGGGGCUAACCAGGUUGGGAUAGCUGGGGUAGCAGGCUUGUUGGUUUUGAAUGUCUUAUGUAGAUUUUUUUCCCCCCAAUUUCGUUGUUCUGUACGGGACAAUGAUGUUAUGUACUGAAGUUCUCACCCUGGGCCAGCAAGGGGAUACUAUAGAUAGUUUUCACUCAGGUCCACAUAUGCAAAUAAGGGAUCGAAAGUGACGUUCAGUGAUUGGAUAGUUACAGAAAGUUGUUACUGUUGCGUUGUAGUGGAGCAGGCUGGAUGAGCCCUUCAGUUCAGUUCUGUUCUGGCCUGUGAAUAAACAAGAGCUGUUGAAGAAUCGCUGUGUCGUCUGAUAUGUUCACCCACAACUUAACAAAUAAGAAUAAAGGUUAUCGUAUCGUAUCGUACCCUUUUGCAGUCCUCUUACGCUGUGUGUUGUUGUGAUAAUGGAUGCUGCUCUUGCAGCCCACUAGUGGGACUCCUUGAAUGCUUCAAAAUCCAGCAUGUGACAAGCCGUUGCCAACAGAGUCAGUGGAUAUGGGUGGAGGCUGGCAGCUUCACGAGUCGCAUUGCUGGGCAACUGCCAAGGCAUGUAUCUCAGCAGGGGGUGGGGGGCGCUGCCAGACCCCCAAAGAUCACCCACCCCAACCCUGCCCCUCUACUAUUUCUGCUUGGCCAUCUGCAAGAUUUUUUCCAGGGGUGGGGGCAAAGGCAAACACUGAAAGGGGAGAGUGGCCUUUUUAAAAAAAACAUUGAGAAUAAUAGUGCCUGUACAUUUUACCUCCUGACUCAGGUUUUCAGACCCUCCAAGUUUCCCUAUUUUCCAGGGACAGUCCCCCCAGAUUUACAGAAACUGUCCUGGAUCCAUCUGAACGCGACCCUCGUUCAGGGAAGGUGUUUGGCUUUUUUUUUUUACUGUUUACAGCGGUACCUCGGAUUACAUACGCUUCAGGUUACAUACGCUUCAGGUUACAGACUCCGCUAACCCAGAAAUAGUGCUUCAGGUUAAGAACUUUGCUUCAGGAUGAGAACAGAAAUCGUGCUCCAGCAGCGCAGCAGCAGCAGGAGGCCCCAUUAGCUAAAGUGGUGCUUCAGGUUAAGAACAGUUUCAGGUUAAGAACGGACCUCCGGAACCAAUUAAGUACUUAACCCGAAGUACCACUGUACUGUUUUAUUAUGUUUUUCUAUGUGUUGUUAGUCGCCCCGAGUGGCUGGGGCAACCCAGUGAGAUGGGCGAGGAAGAAGAAGAAGAAGAAGAAGAAGGAGAAGAAGAAGAAGAAGAAGAAGAAUGGAAUAGGACAUCCCUAUUUUCAUAGGAGAAAUGUUGGAGGGUAUGGGUUUUGCAAUUGCUAGGAACUUGCUCUUUUAAAAAAUGAUAGUCUGGAGAUUGUGGUUUCCAGUGGGGGGAGGUACCCCUUUGUCCAUCUGUCCCCCUGCCUCGCCCCAUAGGUGCCGAUUUAUCUCUGCCUGUUUCCCUGCUCCUAUUUUUCACCAGCAAAAUACUAGAGAAUCUGAUCUCGACCAAUCAGUUGAAGGCUUUUCCUUCAGGGUGCAGAGAUCACCCAGCUCCCCUGGGCCGAAUGCUUUCUGGACAGAGCUUUCCCUGGUCUAGUUACUCUGUCGACGCGACACUCAGAUUUUCCUGGCCGAAGCCUCUGUGGUUACCAGCGGCGUGCGAGAGCCAAUGUAAGCUUGAAGGCACUUGGGUAGCUAGUACACACACACACACACACACACACACACACACACAAUUUGUUGGGCUGUGAGGGCUGCAGGCUGCCGUGUCAAUCAAUACGCUGCAAUGUGAUGUUAGCUGCCUCUUAACCGCUGUUCCGAAUCCGUCCUGUUUCAUCUUAGGCCAUGUUCACACCGCACAUUGAAAGCACUGUGAUGCCACUUUAAACCAUUAUGGUUUCCUGCAAAGAAUUCUGGGAACUGUAGUUUGCUGAGAGUCGUUAGGAGACUUCCCUAUUCCCCUCCCAGAGCUACAAUUCCCAGAAUUCUCUGUGAAGGGCGAUUGACUGAGAAUUGUAGCUCUGGGAGGGGGAUUUUUUUUGGGGGGGGGGUUGGUCUCCUAACAACAGCACCCUUAACAAACUACAACUCCCAGAAUUCUUUGGGGGAAGCCGGGACAGUUUAAAGUGGUGUCAUAGUGCUUUAACCAUGAGGUGCGGAUGCAGGGGGGAAAGUUUAAGCCAGCCUUUCAUCAUCCUGGUGCUGUCCAGAUAUUUAGGAUGCUGGCUGGGGCUGGUGGGAGUUGUAGUUCAAAACAUCUAGAUGGCACCAGAUUGAUGAAAGGCUGCUUUGAACAGAACAGUCAUCUCCCUCCCUUAAUGUACAAAGGUACAAAUGUGUGUUUGCACACAAACCAUCUGUCAACUGAACUUUCAGUUUGUCAAUUGAACUUUCACCGUCGGAGCUUGAUGUCGUACCAGUGAAUCUGAAGCUCCGUUUUUAAUGAUUUGGAACAUUCAUGGUUGCCGAGUUUGAUUUGGUAUUAUUUUUAAAAACUGGCCUGGGAGAACAGGCUAGUCCCACCCCACCCCCAUCCCUGUAGAUUUAUAGACACCUGUAUAUUUAUUUCAUAGGUCCCUCAAUAUCUCAAUUUACUCACCCUGUGAGAAGUGAGGUUACAGAGACCAGGCAGAGGGCCUUCUCGGUAGUGGCGCCCACCUCGUGGAACGCCCUCCCAUCAGAUGUCAAGGAGAUAAAGAACUCUGAUUUUUAGAAAACAUCUGAAGUUUUUAAUGUUUGAUGUUUUAUCGUGUUUUUAAUAUUCUGUUGGGAGCCACCCAGAGUCAAUUCUGUGUCCAGGGCGGAUGUAUCCCAGCUCCAUCUGGUACGCAGGAUGAGACCCUACCUGCCUGCACACUGUCUCCUCAGAGUGGUACAUGCUCUGGUUAUCUUCCGCUUGGACUACUGCAACGUGCUCUACGUGGGGCUACCUUUGAAGGUGACCCGAAAACUACAACUAAUCCAGAAUGCGGCAGCUAGACUGGUGACUGGGAGCAGCCGCCGAGACCGUAUUAACACUGGUCCUGUAAGACCUACAUUGGCUCCCAGUACGUUUCCGAGCACAAUUCAAAGUGUUGGUGCUGACUUUUAAAGCCCUAAACGGCCUCGGUCCAGUAUACCUGAAGGAGCGUCUCCAACCCCAUCAUUCAGCCUGGACACUGAGGUCCAGCGCCGAGGGCCUUCCGGCAGGGUAUAAAUAAUAAUAAGUUGUUGUUGUUGUUGUUUAACUCUUCUGCAUGAAGAAAGGCUUUCUAUUGCCUGUCCUGACUCUUCAGUUUCAUGGAGUGGUCUUAAGUAACAGGAGAGAAGGAGAAUAACCAAACCGUGAUCCCAUGUCAUGUGGCGGGCUGUUCCCUUCUUUCGUCAGCCAUUAAGAAGAGCCUUUCAGCAAGAGGGGCUCACACGAUGGGUUUUCUUAGCGAGCAUCGCCCACUGAACACUGACCAUCAAUGUGCAGACUCCAUUUCACAUCCCAAGCCGAGGAAUUAUCCCCCUCCUCCCCACCGGAUAGGGAAUGACAUUCGAUUCGUAGUACAUGUAAGCCUUACGACCUGGACAAAGGGAUGUGGGUGGUGCUGUGGCUUAAACCACAGAGCCUAGGGCUUGCUGAUCAGAAGGUCGGCGGUUCGAAUCCCUGCGACGGGGUGAGCUCCCGUUGCUCGGUCCCUGCUCCUGCCAACCUAGCAGUUCGAAAGCAUGUCAAAGUGCAAGUAGAUAAAUAGGUACCACUCUGGCGGGAAGGUAAACGGCGUUUCCGUGCGCUGCUCUGGUUUGCCAGAAGUGGCUUAGUCAUGCUGGCCACAUGACCCGGAAGCUGUACGCUGGCUCCCUCGGCCAAUAAAGCGAGAUGAGCGCCGCAACCCCAGAGUCGGCCACGACUGGACCUAACGGUCAGGAAGGGAUCUUGGGCUGUUGCAAGCGACGGAGUCUGUGUCUGAGGGACGCUCUGACCCCCACACUUAAUAAAUUCUUAUUCUGUACCAACUGUCCACCCUAAGCUUUUUGCUCCAAUGAUUUAAAAAGAAUUGGAGACUUCGUUGGUUCAGUUAAAGCAGACUUGGCUGCUUUCCAGCUGCUUUGGCACUACAAAACCCAUCAACUGGUCAGGCUGAUGGGAAUUGUGAUCAAAAGCACCUGGAAGUCAGCCAGUGCUCAGAUGGUGGAUCCUUUCAUGGUAGAUUUUUAAAGCAGAGGUUGGAGAGCCACCUGCUGGGGAUGCUUUAGUUACAAUGCCUGCAUUGGGGAAGGUUAGACUAGAUGAACCUUGGGGGUCCCUUCCACCUCUGAAAUUGUAUUAUUCUAUGAAAGGUGGCAUGGGACGUGGGUGGCGCUGUGGGUUAAACCACAGAGCCUAGGACUUGCCGAUCAGAAGGUCAGCGGUUCGAAUCCCCGUGACGGGAUGAGCUCCCGUUGCUCGGUCCCUGCUCCUGCCAACCUAGCAGUUCGAAAGCACAUCAAAGUGCUAGUAGAUAAAUAGGUACCGCUCCAGCGGGAAGGUAAACGGCGUUUCCGUGCGCUGCUCUGGUUCGCCAGAAGCGGCUUAGUCAUACUGGCCACAUGACCUAGAAGCUGUACGCUGGCUCCCUCGGCCAAUAAAGCGAGAUGAGCGCCGCAACCCCAGAGUCAGCCACGACUGGACCUAAUGGUCAGGGGUCCCUUUACCUUUACCUUUAUAUGAAAGGUGGACUUGAAAAGCCCUGUUGUGUACAACAGCGUUCCCCAACCUGGUGCCCUGCAGAUAUAGAGUCCAAAACAUCUGCCUCAAAGUCCUGUCCUAAUGGUGCCUCUGGGAAUGGCGAUUCCAGCAGCUCACUUUAAGGGAAUGUUAGCAAGGUCUUCUCCCAGAGACAGUCUGCGGGCAGGUAGGGUCUCAUCCUGCGUACCGGAUGGAACUGGCAGACAGCCGCCCUGGACACAGAAUUGACCUGGAGCUAUGGAACUCACUCCCACAGGAGCCCACCAACUUAGAUUAGACCAGUUUGUGGAGGAGAGGGUUAUUGAUGUCUACUAGUCAGGAUGCAGAUCUCUACAUGUUUCAGCCAGAUCUACUGUUUUCGCCAUAGGCAUACGAGCAAAUGGCUUGGAGUGCUCCAAAAACAUCUUUUGGAGUGACUCAAGCUGUGUUUUCCAUCACACUUAACAGAACUCCGGAAACCAAAACACCUUGGCAGUUUCAGUUCUGCUAAAUGCUCCGCUUCGGAGCAUAUCAUAUCCCAGAAGCUCCCCUUUCAUGUGAACUGGACGAAUGUCGCUGUCCCUGAGAGAGUGGCCAGUCUUUCGCCCCUCAGGGAUCCCAGGCUGCUACAACCCUCGCACCGAUCCUGACCCCCUCUGCCCAUGUGAAGGCGAGCAGCUUUUCGGGCUUGAACAUGGCACCGUGUUCGUUGCCACAACUCUGUCCUUCCCCUGGAGUGACUUAACCCUUGGCAGUGGGUGCCACCAUUUGCAAUCUUUGGAAGGGAUCUUGGGCAGUCGCGAGCGGCGGAAUCUGUGUCUGAGGGACGCUCUGUCCCCCUGCACUUAACGGCACUAGGCUGGGGGACGUGGCGCCUUUUGGACACGGUAGCUAUCUGCCUGGGGGUGGGUGGGGAGGAUGACAUCAUGUCUGCAGAGCAACGGUGGAGCUUGAAAGACACUCCUUUGAUUUAGAAGUGCGAUGGGGGGCCGGCAGAUCCUGCCGAAGACACGUCAGGGUCUGCGGUGUGAGGAAGAGACCCCCACCAAGCCUGAAUCGUGGUUAUAGAGUUUGAGAGUUAGGUUUGGGGCAGGUGGGGGGUGGAUGGGCAGACCUGGGUUCAGGCCAAGCAAAAGAAUUUGCUCUGCAAAGAUUAUCCUCUGUGAAUCACAGUGGUGAAUACUCACUAGAUGUUCCCCUCGUAUUCUAACGUUUGUGGAAUAUUUGGUUUCCGUAUUUGACAUCCAAUCCCCAUUUUUGUUUGGCCGUGACAUGAAAUAGUUGGCAUCAGACAGCGUUCGAUUGUUGACAUGCAGCAGUGUUCAGUAAAUAAUAAUAAUAAUAAUAAUGUAUUAUUUAUACCGCAUCCAUCUGGCUGAGUUUCCCCAGCCACUCUGGGCGGCUUCCAAUCGAAUGUUAAAAACAAUACAGCAUUAAAUAUUAAAAACUUCCCUAAACUGGGCUGCCUUCAGAUGUCUUUUAAAGAUAAGAUGGCUACUUAUUUCCUUCACAUCUGAAGGGAGGGCGUUCCACAGGGCGGGCGCCACUACCGAGAAGGCCCUCUGCCUGGUUCCCUGUAACCUCACUUCUCGCAAUGAGGGAACUGCCAGAAGGCCCUCGGCACUGGACCUCAGUGUCCGGGCAGAACGAUGGGGGUGGAGACACUCCUUCAGGUAUACAAGACCAAGGCCAUUUAGAUCUUUAAACGUCAGCACCAAAACUUUGAAUUGUGCUUGGAAACGUACUGGGAGCCAAUGCAGAUAUCUCAGGACCGGUGUUAUGUGGUCCCAGCGGCCGCUCCCAGUCACCAGUCUAGCUGCUGCAUUCUGGAUUAAUUGCAGUUUCCGGGUCACCUUCAAAGGUAGCCCCACGUAGAGCGAACUGCAGUAGUCCAAGCGGGAGAUAACCAGAGCAUGCACCACUGGGGCAAGACAGUCUGUGGGCAGGUAGGGUCUCAUCCUGUGUACCUGAUGGAGCUGGUAGACAGCCGCCCUGGACACAGAAUUAACCUGCACCUCCAUGGUCAGCUGUGAGUCCAAAAUGACUCCCAAUAUUGUAUUGUAUCCCAGUAUUGUAAUGCAUCGGUUAGUAUUUGGAAUGAGCAGCGAGCACAAUCCAGCCCUCCGCCAACAUGCUGGGUAGGGUGCAGAUAUCCACGAUGAGCUACCAAUGAUAUAAUAACAGUGUUCUUCAAUCUCGGGUCCCUAGACAUGGUUGUUGGACUACAACUCCCAUCAUCUGUGACCAUUAGCUGGGGAUGAUGGGAAUUGUAGUCCAACAACCACGUCUGGGGACCCGAGGUUGAAGAACAGUGAUAUAGAAGGGUAAAAUUUCGUUAAACGUAGCAACACAAAGUGGAGGCGUCAGCAGAUCAAAUAACUUAGAUUGGUCGUCUUCACUGACCUGGUGACCGCAUAGGAACGUGAAAACAUCUUUGCUGGAUCAGGCCAAAGGCCUAUCUAGGGCGCAUUCAGAGAUGGGGAAUAUUGUGUUAGUUUUCCUGAUUAUACUUCUGGUGCUUCUGCCUCAUUUUCUAAUGUUCCUUUCCCACUACACUACCUGUGCGCUACAGAACUGUGGCUUUUUGACCAAUAUACUUGGAUGUCUGCUUUUGAAUUCUGGUGCUGGAGGAGACUCUUGAGAGUCCCAUCAAGAUCAAACCUAUCCUUUCUGAAGGAAAUCAGCCCUGAGUGCUCACUGGAAGGACAGAUCGUGAAGCUGAGGCUCCAGUACUUUGGCCACCUCAUGAGAAGAGAAGACUCCCUGGGAAAGACCUUGAUGUUGGGAAAGAUGGAGGGCACAAGGAGAAGAGGACGACAGAGGACGAGAUGGUGGGACAGUGUUCUCUAAGCUAGCAGCAUGAGUUUGACCAAACUGCGGGAGGCAGUGGAAGACAGGAGUGCCUGGCGUGCUCUGGUCCAGGGGGUCACGAAGAGUCGGACACGACUAAAGGACUAAACAACAACACUUGCAUGUCACACUAAAUUUAAUCCACACUAGUCGGGUGUGUUGUGGCACAACGGCAGACAUCGUUGGACAACGUUGCUUCUCUCCUCUCCCCCCUCCCUUUUUGCACCUGCGUUCUUCUGUCCCCCCCCCAAAAUAACCCCCCCCCCAUUAAGACAGUAGGAAAGAACUGCAUCCCGCUACACCCAGAGUUUUCCACCCCGGCUUAAACAGAUAUAUUUGAUUCUGGAAUCAGAGAACACAGAAAUGAACACUGUGCUCCAUUUGUUUUCCAGAAGUGGCUUUUGGUGUGAAAACUAACAAUGGGAGAAACGCCAGGGAAAUGGAAUAAUUUGUUGCCCGGGCAUAUCCAUGUUGUCCGACCCAGAAAUAAAUAUAUAGUUCCCUCCUCCUGGGUAUUUGAGGCAGCGAGGGGACACAGAGGACGAGCCCAGGGAACCGCAUCUGUAUCGGCCUGCAUGUCGUCAUUGCUUUUCCGCACGGGCAAGUGAGCUAAGAGACACUCCUCGGGUCCGUAAAUCAAAAAUUGAGCAGCGCUGGGUUGUGUGGAAAAGAGAAGACAAGCGGCCUGCUUUGGCAGGACUCCCCAAUCACUCGGCAGGGGAGCUGGGCUGGUGGUUUUGGCAGAGAAGGAGGGGGGCUCCCCCUGAUCCCACCCCACCCUGAGGGAAUCCAGAACAAGCUUCUCUUUGCUGGAGAAACCCACAGCUGAAAUGGAUGGCUGUUCGGGGGCAGGAAGGGAGAAAGAGGGUUGUCUGCCCCCUUGGGUCUGGAGUGAGAGAGUGCGUGUAUAAUAAUAAUAAUAAUAAUAAUAAUAGCAAUAAUAAAUUUUAUUUAUACCCUGCCCUCCCCAACCAGAGCCGGGCUCAGGGCAGCUAACACCAGUAAAAUAACAGUAAAAACAGUAAAAGAAAGAAAGAAAAAAACCAAUUUAAAAUACAGGUUAAAAUGCAAUUUAAAAUGCAGCCUCGUUUUAAAAGUAGCCCAUAGAUCAAAACCAUAGGGGAGGGAAACAUAAGGGUCAGACUGAGUCCAAAGCAGAGGCCAGGCGGAACAGCUCUGUCUUGCAGGCCCUGCGGAAAGAUGUCAAGCCCCGCAGGGCCCUGGUCUCUUGUGACAGAGCGUUCCACCAAGUCGGGGCCAGUACUGAAAAGGCCCUGGCCCUAGUUGAGAGCAAUCUAACCACCUUGCGACCUGAGACCUCCAAAACGUGGUCAUUUGUGGACCUUAAGGUCCUCCGCGGGGCAUACCAGGAGAAGCAGUCCCGUAGGUAUUAGUUUUCCACCCCGAGGCAUAAGGUUUUUGCUGAUACUUAACUUCGUCGGAGGCAGGAUUUAGCUCAGAGUUCCCUGGGAAGAAGGACCAGCUGUUAAUCUGUAUCCAGGGCAGCUGUCUACCAGCUCCAUCUGGUACGCAGGCUGAGACCCUACCUGCCCGCGGACUGUCUCGCCAGAGUGGUGCAUGCUCUGGUUAUCUCCCGCUUGGACUACUGCAAUGCGCUCUACGUGGGGCUACCUUUGAAGGUGACUCGGAAACUACAACUAAUCCAGAAUGCGGCAGCUAGACUGGUGACUGGGGGCGGCCGCAGGGACCACAUAAUGCCGGUCUUGAAAGACCUACAUUGGCUCCCAGUGCGUUUCCGAGCACAAUUCAAAGUGUUGGUGCUGACCUUGAAAGCCCUAAACGGCCUCGGUCCAGUAUACCUGAAGGAGUGUCUCCACCCCCAUCGUUCUGCCCGGACGCUGAGGUCCAGCGCCGAGGCCUUCUGGUGGUUCCCUCAUUGCGAGAAGCAAAGCUACAGGGAACCAGGCAGAGGGCCUUCUCGGUAGUGGCGCCCACCCUGUGGAACGCCCUCCCAUCAGAUGUCAAAGCGAUAAAUAACUACCUGACAUUCAGAAGACAUCUUAAGGCAGCCCUGUUCAGGGAAGUUUUUAAUCUGUGAUAUUUUAGUGUAUUUUUUGUUUCUAUGGAAGCCGCCCAGAGUGGCUGGGGAAACCCAGCCAGAUGGGCAGGGUACAAAUAAUAAAUAAUAAUAAUUAUUAUUAUUAAUCUACUCUGGUAACUAUAGUUCUGGGAAGGGAGUAGGGGUCUCCUAACAACUCCCAGCACCCUUAGCAAACAGCAGCUCCAAGGUUUCUUUAAAAGCUCAGCAGCUUCAGAGUGCUAUAUCCCAUGGCAGCGUCUCCAUGCCAGGAAGAACUGCACCUGUUGUGCUCCUGCCUGCCUUGCGGCUGUUUGCAAGCACGUACAUGGGACGCGGGUGGUGCUGUGGGUUAAACCACAAGCCUAGGGCUUGUCGAUCAGAAGGUCGGCGGUUCGAAUCCCCGCGAUGGGGUGAACUCCCGUUGCUCGGUCCCUGCUCCUGCCCACCUAGCAGUUCAAAAGCACGUCAAAGUGAUUCUAGACUAAUAAUAAAAACAGUAAGGGGAAUUCAGCCACAAAGCUCCUGAGCAUCCCCUCCAACAUUUCUCCGAUGAAAAUAGGGAGGCCCCAUUCCAUAAUGAUAUUUUUACUAUUUAUAACCGACACAUCUUACUGGGUUGCCCCAGCCAUUCCAGGCAGCUUCCAACAUAUACAGAAACAUUAUAAAACAUUAAGCAUUUUUUAAUAACUCUCCCAUACAGGACUGCCUUCAGACGGCUCAGGGGUCAGAUAACUCUGUACCAUCCAACAUUUUCCAAUGAAAAUAGGGACGUCCUAAGGAAAAAUGGGAUGCGGGUGGUGCUGUGGAUUAAACCACAGAGCCUAGGACUUGCCGAUCAGAAGGUCGGCGGUUCGAAUCCCCGUGACGGGGUGAGCUCCCGUUGCUCAGUCCCAGCUCCUGCCAACCUAGCAGUUCGAAAGCACGUCAAAGUGCAAGUAGAUAAAUAGGUACCACUCUGGCGGGAAGGUAAAUGGCGUUUCCAUGCGCUGCUCUGGUUCGCCAGAAGCGGCUUAGUCAUGCUGGCCACAUGAUCCGGAAGCUGUACACCGUCUCCCUCGGCCAGUAAAGCGAGAUGAGCGCCGCAACCCCAGAGUUGUCCGCGACUGGACCUAACGGUCAGGGGUCCCUUUACCCUUUUACAUGGCUCUAUCAAGACAACUGGGGGGGGGGGUCCCAGAUGUGGUUGGGCUCCAGCUACCAUCAGCCACACCUGGCAGAGUUGAUGGCCAAGGAAGAAGAAGAAAUGUCCCUAUUUUCAUCCGACGAAUGUCAGGGGGUAUGGAAGCAAGGGGUGUGCAAAAUGUUAAGCCCAUGGCCUUUUCUACAGCUGUUCAAAGUGGUUGUGUUUUUGCACACGGGCACACCAGCUCCCUGCCCCCCCAUAACCCCUUAGCGCCCCCCCCCAAAUGCACGCCUGCGGUCUGGACUCUUGCCAGGAGGGGAAAAAAUCCACGUCUCCUUGUACAUCAAACAAAAAUUAGGUCUUGAGCCGUCGCCGGCUUUUGAUUGGCUGCCUUCCCCCUGUGUGUUUAUUUACACGGCAAUUAGUUAAACCAAUUCCUUUCACCGGCCAGCCCUAACGCUUGCCAAGGUACACAGUUCGUACGGCACCCCCUAGGGGCAGGGCGGAAUGGCAGCGAGGGGAGGUGGGAAGAGAAGGAAAGUGGGGCAGGGCGGGGGGUGGGUGGAGGAAAGAGGACCAGGUAAGCGAUUGCAAGGAGAGAUGGGAAGCUCUGGGGAGGGGAGAGGGGCGUGCGAGUCGGUUUCCUUGUUGUGAGAAUGCGCGCAACUCAGACACACACACGCACACAAACCAGCUCAGAGUCUGUGUUCCAACAAUCACUCUCUAUCCUGCUAGGAAAACACAGUUUUUUCUUCAGUGUUGGGAUACAGUGAAAAAGUGGGUGGCCUGGUCCCCCUUUCCACAGUCAAAAGAUGCCUUCUUGGACCCUCGACGGAGGUAGCAGGUUGCUUGGUACAGCCCCUUCCCCAGCGCCUAAUUUCUAGCAUGGUCUUUGCCAUUACCUGGUGCCGGCUAGGCGCUGCGGACUACAACUCCCAGCACUCCCAAAGCAGAGGGCAUCAGGUAGCGGCCGAGUCUCUCAGCUCAAGCCACCACCCUCUAAUCUGAAAGAAGCCUCCUAAUUCUUUCUGUGUGCAGGAGACUCUCUGGGGUCAUUUAGUGGGGAUGGAAGGGCACUUUGCACAUGCUCAGAGACCACCCCAAAUGGAGUUGUGGCAUUGCCAAAGGCGAACAUGGGCAAACCCAGCACAAUUUAAUAAUAAUAAUAAUAAUUUUAUUUAUACCCUGCCCUUCCUAGUUCAGAAAACCGGGCUCAGGGUGGCUAACAACAAAUUUAAAACACUUAAUUGAUGCCACAAAAAUCUGAAUCAAAAGCGCUCACGGGGUGUUGCAAGUUGGAGGAGGCCAGGGUUCGAAUCUCCAUUCACCCAUGGCCAUAGGCCAAUCGCCGUCUCUGAGCCUACCUCACAAGGUUGUUGUGAGGAUAAAAUCCAGAAGGGAGUAGCAGGUAAGCCUACUUGAGCUCCUUGGAGGUUGACAACGACGACUUCUACUGACCUUUGCACACAAAAAAAGUUCUAAUUAUAACCGCCUCUUUUAAUUCAGCUGUGAUUUGUGUUAAUCAUAGAAUUUUUGAGUUGGAAGGGACCGCAAGGAUCAUCUGAGUCCAACCCCCUGAAAUGCUGGAAUAUUUUUCUCAACUUGGGGAUCAAACCCACGACCCUGAGGUUAAGAGUCUCAUGUUCUACCAACUGAGCUAUCCCUCAGGCCAUUUUUAUACCCAACAUCACUCAGCUACAGCCAAUGAGACGCUUCGGAAUAUUCGUUCCUCAGUGUUCCAUAGGUGCCACCUCUGUCCGUCACCUUUUGAUUGACACCAGUAGGGUUGCCAUCUUUCAAAAAGUAAAAACCAGGACACCCAGAAAGUUGUGGAGCUUUAUUUUAGGAUGUCCCCAAAAUUACUGAUCUUUUAUUUUAGGAAACCACUGAAAUUGUUCAGCUUUUUUCAGACCAACUCCAGAGUUGUUCCAUUUUUCGAUUGACUUUUCUAAGAUACCUGACAGAGCACCGCCUUUUGGAAAUCCCCCUGGAUGUCAAUUCCGCCCUUGAAAUCCCAGACCUAUGGCAGCCCUGGACACCAGACAAAGCAGCUGAAGAAGGCAGAAACCAAAACAUUUUGCUUAUCCCCCCCCCCAUUUUUUUAAAUUAAAUUUAAUUUUCCACAAUUAUAACAAGUAUAAGAUAGAAAAAAGAAAAGAAAACACAAUACAGUACUAAAAAACUAAAAAGAAAUCUUAAACACAUAUCCCUUAAAAACCCAAUUUCUCUUACUAAAAUUAUUUCCAGCAAUUAACUAUCAUUUUCCCUUUUCUUACAGUUCUAAAUCCACCUUACUUACAAUUAGAUCCUAAUUUAAUCCUAGGCCUAUUUGGUGCUUUCAAGUGACUUCUAAUAUUUUAUAUUACAAUAUUUAUUCAAAUAGUCCUUAAAUUUCUUCCAACUUCUUGAUAUUCCUCUUCUUUCUGGUCGCGGAUUCUUCCAGUCAAGUCAGCUUUCUCCAAAAAGUCCAACAUUUUCAUCUGCCAUUCUUCCACAGCUGGGAUUUCUUGGGAUUUCCAAUUUUUGGCUAACAGCAGUCUUGCCGCUGUGGUGGCAUACAAAAAUAGUUUGACAUCUUUUUUGGGCAGUUCCAUUCCUAUUAUUCCAAGUAGAAAGGCCUCUGGUUUCUAAAACAUUUUGCUUAAAGACUUACAUUUAUCUGAAUCUUUUUAUAUGCAAUUGCUGUUAUGUCUUGCAAAUGUUAUGUAUGCAAUUGCUUUAUAUUGAUAAGUGAAAUUCUUAUUACUAAUAACUUUAACAACAUCUUUUCUGAGGAAUAGUAUCCCUCUUGAGAUAUAGCCGGUUCUCACUAUCUCCAAUUUCCGGAAACAGUUGCAAGACAUUAAAAGUUCUGGCAGGCUCUCUCAGCUGGAUAAACGGGACUUGACCGCUUUGUUAGGGUUUCAGUCUUGUUUUAAAUGUGUUUGUUAUUGUUUUGUGCUUUUGACUGUCUUUAAUCAGCUAAUGUGUAACUCGCCUUGAGACGGUGCCGAUUGAAUCUCGGGUGAUAAUGAUGAGAAUGUCUGUUGUCUUGGACACGGUGACUGAUAAACAGGAACGGUUUUAACUACGUACAGAGCAAUCCGGCCUGAACUGCUGUUUGGUGCUAUGGUGUCCAUUUGCGUGUUUUUGUAACUCUUAAGGGAGAAAUCUGAGGGCUCCCUUGGACAAAAAACAAGGACACCAGCCAGGAAUACCAGAGCAGCCAGUAGGCUUGGUCUUUAUUGAAGACUGUCACGACAGGACUCCCACCUGCCACCAGGUGGAACAAGAUGGAAGCCCCAAACAAAAGAGCCCCCAAACUUUUAUUAGCUGCUAAUCCCCAUGUUACACCCCCCAAACUACAUCACUCGUAUAUCACAGUUACACCAUGAAAGGGGAGGUCUGGUGGCAGUAAUCUGAGCAUCCUGGACCCUGCCCCAUGGUUUUCCUUGUCCUCCACCAAACACCCAUCAAGUGAAGCAAAAGAGAUAUUUACAUUUCCCUGUUUCCCAGCCAAGUUAAUCACACCCUUUUGUCUUCAUCUGGGUUUGCUAUUUCUGGAAUGGCUACCUGUCUGGCACUCAGGUAUCAGGAUGACAGGGAUUAUCACUCAGGCAGAGGGGCUGCUGAGUAGCUGAGCUCAUAUGUCUAUAUGAAUUUCUGAAGUUUUCCCAGUGAGCCGGUAAAGGUAAAGGGACCCCUGACCAUUAGGUCCAGUCGUGGCCGACUCUGGUGUUGCGGCGCUUAUCUCGCUUUAUUGGCCAAGGGAGCCGGCGUACAGCUUCCGGGUCACGUGGCCAGCAUGACUAAGCCGCUUCUGGAGAACCAGAGCAGCACACGGAAACGCCGUUUACCUUCCCGCCGGAGUGGUACCUAUUUAUCUACUUGCACUUUGACGUGCUUUUAAACUGCUAGGUUGGCACAGUGAGCAGGUACAUAGAUGCAUUUAUCAGUGAAUUCUUACAUUUGGUAUCGUGCGGCAAAGGCCCUUUGAAUAGAUAGGAAGAAACUGCGAUGAAGUGUUUUGUGGGGACAAAUCACAAAAGUCACAGAAGUGAUUGUUCUGGUUUUGGUAGUGGGCUGCAUGUGCAUGAUAUCUGCUGGAGGAGCAACCCCCCCUCCAAACCUAUACAUAAAUUCCUGCAACAUAUCGCAAACCACCUCGAAUGAAGGGCGGUGCAGAAAUUUAAUAAGUAGAUAAACAAAACAAGAUAAUCGGUGUUGCUCUGUGCCCUGUUUGAUGCCCGCCUUGUCUCCUUUGCAGUUCAUCAUCUCCGAGAGCGACCCAGAGGAGUCUGCAUGCCCGCUGGAGUGUCCUCACGAACGCGGGCGCCCGGUUUGCGCCACCGACGGCAAGCUCUACAAGUCCCCGUGCGCCUUCCAGAAAGCUCGAUGCCGCGAGCGUUCCCUCGAAGCCCUGCCUCGCUUCCGCUGUGGUGGAGCAGCCCACUGGGAGCCCAACUGUAGGUAGAGAAGGUUUGGCAGCGUGGCCUAGUGGUGGGCGACUGGGCAGAGGGAAUCUCUUUUUAAAUUUUUUUUAAAUGUUUAACAUUUUUAUUUUUUACCAACAACCAAAACACAAACAGUGAAACCCCCGGGUGACUGAUACAUUGGGUAUAAAUAAUAACAUAUUCAAAUCAACCAUAUGUACAAUUUUAUAUACGUUAAUACUCCUCCAUCCCAUAGCUGUCAACCGUUCCUUAUUUGGCGGGAAAGUCCCUUAUCCCAGCGCUGUGUCCCGCUGCUGUCCCUUAUUGAUGAUGUCCCUUAAAUUUCCCGGGUUUCAAAGGAAGGAGCUCCUCCCCCUCCCUCCCUGCCGGCCAGGGAGGCUCCAACUGUGUUGCUUGGCUGCGUUGCUCACCCAAUAAGGAGUCUAAGAACGACUGGGGGGUGGAGCUUGCAUGCCUUGUGCCGAUCAAAUUGGCCGCGUUGCCUGGGGACUCGCCUUUGCUCAGCGCUUCCCAGCGGAGAGGUGACGGUGGUUCUCCUUGCUGCAUUCCCUUUGCCGCGUUGCUGCGCUGUGGGAACCACCGCUUGAGGCUUUGUUUGGCUGCUGGCUGGGCUUUCUGCCUUUGGCUCGGAGGGGCUCAGAAGUUGAACAUACCUGUGCUCUGAAAAUCCCUUAUAUUGGCUGCUGAUCCCUUAUUUUCGAGGCUGCUGGUCCCUUAUUUUCAAAUCUGUAAGUUGACAGCUAUGCUCCAUCCACAAGGUUUAUUUAACUUUUAACAUUUUAAUUGCCCCAAAUUGUUCAAACCUACCCAAAUAAUUCAAAAUCUUCUAAACCAAUCCUCUUCUUUCUCACUGACCUUAAACCCUUUCAUUCUGUGUAUCUUCACAGUUAGAUAUUCUAAAAUUAUAAUAUUAUUCGUUUUUUUCCUCCAUUGGUUCACCCCUAGCUCUUCUGCAUUUUUCCAGUUACUCGCUAUAGCCUGUCUGGCUGCAGUUACCAUCAAUUUUACCCAUUUACAUUCCUCCUUUGUUUUUAACUCGGUGCUACUCAGACUAAUAAGAACCAUUAAUUUAGAUAUUCCCACCUUCCUACCCACAAUUCCUGAUAUUUCUAUACCAAUCCGUUUCCAAAAUUCAUUAACUAAUGGACAAUCCCACCACAUAUGACUGUAUGUUCCCAUCACUCCACAUUUCCUCCAACAAUUCUUGCUUCCAGAUUUUGUAAUAUGAUAUAAACUUUUUUAAUUUGAUUUUUCAUAAUGCUAUAACAUAAAAGAAACUAAUCUAGAGGCAAAGAGAAAAAUGGAAAGGAAACACCAAAGGAAAAACCAAAAAGUUGAAGAAAAUAGGAAAAAUAAAAGGGACUGCCAUCUGUCCGUUACAUAAAAUAAUUUUUUUGAAGUAUUCACUCUAGGAUAACAUCCAACUGAUCUACUUUCUGUUAGGCAAUAUAUUCGCAAUCUCCCAACUUAUAAGUCUUAGAUCAAUUCAUUUUCCUUUUAGACAAAAUGUCCAGUAGGAGUUCUCCAAUUGUUGUUGUUGUUGUUGUUUUAUUAUAUUGAUAUACUAUCUUUCAUCGAAAGGUCACAGGGCAGUUCCCAAGAUAAAAAUACAAGAUAAAAACACAAAUAGAUAGUUAAAACAAAAAACCCAAAAAAUAAUAGCCCCCCCCAAAAAAACACAUUUAAAAGGCUGUAGUAUAUUAAUCAGCUGCUAAUUAAUUAAUAACCAUUGUUAUUAAUAAAUUUCCACAAUAGUUUUUCUCUAAUCAGACUUCAACAAUUUAUCCCUAUCAAGCAAUUAAUCUUUCCAUUUUUGUCCACCCAAGAACCUCUCCGCUGUGAUCAUAUAUUAAAAUAAUAUUCCCUAAUGCUCUUAUUUCCUAAUUUUCUUACUAUGUAUUCAUUAGUUCACGUCAAGUUCUGUAUCUUCUGUUCCUGUUUCCUGUUGUAUUUACCAUGGUUUUCCAUCCUGAUUUCCUAAAGUUAUCCCUUCUGUUUAUGCUUCUUCCUCAUUUCGCCUCUGGGCCUGAGAUCCUCCAUCUUUCCCGUACCGUGGUGAGAGAAGGGCUCUCUGUACAUGCUCAGAGGUACCCUUGAUGCCUCCAGCAGGCUCCAUUUCUGAUGCUGCGUCUUUCCUCCCGCCCACUGUGCAGAUACCAACCUCACUCGGUGCCAGGAGGACCGGGCGACCGCCCUCUCGCAGUCCCGGCGUCAGUCUCAUGCAACCUACGUCCCGGAAUGCAACGAAGACGGCUCCUUCUUGCAGGUAGGACCUCCAUUCUUGUUGUUUAGUCGUUUAGUUGUGUCUGACUCUUCAUGACCCCCUGGACCAGAGCACGCCAGGCACUUCUGUCUUCCACAGCCUCCCGCAGUUUGCUCAAACUCAUGCUGGUAGCUUCGAGAACACUGUCCAACCAUCUCGUCCUCUGUCGUCCCCUUCUCCUUCUGCCCUCCAUCUUUCCCAGCGUCAGGGUCUUUUCCAGGGAGUCGUCUCUUCUCAUGAGGUGGCCAAAGUCCUGGAGCCUCAGCUUCAGGAUCUGUCCUUCCAGUGAGCACUCAGGGCUGAUUUCCUUCAGAAUGGAUAGGUUUGAUCUUCCUGCAGUCCAUGGGACUCUCAAGAGUCUCCUCCAGCACCAGAAUUCAAAAGCAUCAAUUCUUCGGCGAUCAGCCUUCUUUAUGGUCCAGCUCUCACUUCCACACAUCACUACUGGGAAAACCAUAGCUUUUACUAUAUGGACCUUUGUUGGCAAGGUGAUGUCUCUGCUUUUUAAGAUGCUGUCUAGGUUUGUCAUUGCUUCUCUCCCAAGAAGCAGGUGUCUUUUAAUUUCGUGGCUGCUGUCACCAUCUGCAGUGAUCACGGAGCCCAAGAAAAUAAAAUCUCUCACUGCCUCCAUUUCUUCCCCUUCUAUUUGCCAGGAGGUGAUGGGACCAGUGGCCAUGAUCUUCGUUUUUUUGAUGUUGAGCUUCAGACCAUAUUUUGCGCUCUCCUCUUUCACCCUCAUUAAAAGGUUCUUUAAUUCCUCCUCACUUUCUGCCAUCAAGGUUGUGUCAUCUGCAUAUCUGAGGUUGUUGAUAUUUCUUCCGGCAAUCUUAAUUCCGGCUACGGAUUCAUCCAGCCCAGCCUUUCGCUUGAUCAAUUCUGCAAAUAAGUUAAAUAAGUAGGGAGACAAUAUACAGCUUUGUCGUACGCCUUUCCCAAUUUUGAACCAAUCAGUUGUUCCAUAUCAUAUCUGCCAAUAAAAAAUAAAAAGUGUAAAUUUCCUGAAAUAAAAAAGGGGACUCUCCUAGGGCAGAAAUGACGUUCGGGGGGAGAUUUCCGAAAUGUGGUGCUCUGUCCUGGAUCUUAGAAAGUCAGUUGCUGAACAAUUUUGGGGGUUUCCUUUAAAAAAAAACCCUCAACAAUUUUGGGGUGUCCUGGUUUUUACUUUUUGAAAUAUGGCAACCCUGGCUAUCCCCAUGAUCUUUAAAUGUUUUGAACAGGUGCGGGGAAUCUCAAGCCUGGGUAGGGGGAAGAUGUGGCCCCCAGCACACUCUGUCCGGCCCCCAGGAAUCUCCCUAAGCCACACCCCUCACAUGUGAUUCUACAAUUCCAACUGUCAAAAUAUCAGCAAAUAAUAAUUAAACAGAAAAUUUGCUGUCUACGAAUAAAUUGUUAGUUAAAUCAUAAUCUGUAAAAAAGAGAGCAAAAUUGCAAUAUAUAAAAUACCACAGCACGCAAAGGAUAUAUUGAAUUGAGCAACAAGGCCACAUAACUUACAAAAGUAUUCUUUGGGGAAUGAAAUAAUACGGUUUUAGCAGAAAUGCUAUAAAGGAUUAAGGAAAAAUAGAUUGCUAAAUGGUGAAGGAGGGAAAGUAAAGUUACAUUAUAUUAAGAUAGAAUAGAGGACAAAAACUGGAAAAGAUGGAAAGGAUUUGCUGAAAUAGCUAAUUGAACUAGAAUACAAAAAAGGGAGGUGUGAGGAGGUCAAGGAAAUAAGCAAAUGAAAGAUAAGUUAUGGGAAGAUUUAUUGUAUUUUUUUUCUCUUUCUUUCUUUUUUCCUGUUCCUUUUUAUUAUUAUUAUUAUCGUGAUGUGAUGUUUUGUAUUUCUUAAAUAUGCUGUUUUUUUUUAUUCUUUCUUUUUGUAACCCUUUAAAAUUCAAUAAAUAUUUUUUUUUUUUUUAAAGUAUUCUUUGGGGGAAGCCAAGGCUGUUUAGCGUGGAAUUGUAGUGUGGUCAAUGCGUGGUGUGCAUGCAGUCCCUGUACUUAGGGAACUCUGGGAAUUGUAGUUCUCUGAGGGGAGGUGGGCCUCCUCACAGCUCUUGGCACCCUUAACAAACUACAGUUCCCAGGAUGCUCUGGGAGGAAGCCAUGACGGUUUAAAGUGGCAUGAUACUAGAUGUGUUCCCCUGGCAUGGACUCCAUCUCCAUUUUUGAUAUUAUGUAUUAUUAUGCUAUAUAAAUUAUGUUUUUAGCAUUGUACACCUGGGAUCCUCAGAUAAGGGGCAGUAUAUAAAUUGAAUAAACAAAUAGAUAAAUAAUGCACAUUUAAAGCUGUGUCAGGAAGUCUGUAGAUACCGCUGUGGCGGGAAGAUAAAUGGCGUAUCCGUGCGCUCUGGUUUCUGUCAUGGUGUCCCGUUGUGCCAGAAGCGGUUUAGUCCUGCUGGCCUCAUGCCCCGGAAAGCUGUCUGUGGACAAACGCCGGCUCCCUCGGCCUGAAAGCGAGAUGAGCGCCACAACUCCAGAGUCGCCUUUGACUGGACUUAACCGUCCAGGGGUCCUUUGCCUUUUUUUACCUGUUAGAAAUGCACUCACCCCUUUUGUCUCCUCCUAGGUUCAGUGCCAUAAACAGACUGGCUAUUGCUGGUGCUCCACACCGGAAGGGAAACCGAUCAGUGGAACGUCGGUCCUCAACGAAACACCAAACUGUACAGGUAUGAUUUCCCACUUCUGGGUGCAGGUGACCCUGGGUUGCAUCAAUAAUAAUAAUAAUAAUAAUAAUAAUUAAAAUAAAUAAUUUAUUUAUACCCUGCCCAUCUGGCUGGGUUUCCCCAGCCACUCUAGGAGGCUUCCAACAAAAUAUUAAAAUACAAUAGUCCGUCGAACAUUAAAAGCUUCCCUAAACAGGGCUGCCUUCAGAUGUCUUCUAAAAGUCACAGAGUUGUUUAUUUCCUUGACAUCUGAUGGGAGGGCGUUCCACAGGGAGGGCGUCACUACCAAGAAGGCUCUCUGCCUGGUUCCCUGUAACUUGGCUUCUCGCAGCGAGGGAACCGCCAGAAGGCCCUCGGCGCUGGACCUCAGUGUCCAGGCUGAAUGAUGGGGGUGGAGACGCUCCUUCAGGUAUACUGGGUCUUUGAGGCUGUUUAGGGCUUUCAAGGUCAGCACCAACACUUUGAAUUGUGCUCGGAAACAUACUGGGAGCCAAUGCAGGUCUUUCAAGACCAGUGUUAUGUGGUCUCGGCGGCCGCUCCCAGUCACCAGUCUAGCUGCCACAUUCUGGAUUGAUUGCAGUUUCCGGGUCACCUUCAAAAGUAGCCCCACGUAGUGCGCACUGCAGUAGUCCAAGCGGGAGAUAACCAGAGCAUGCACCACUCUGGCCAGACAGUCCGCGGACAGGUAGGGUCUUAGCCUGCGUACCAGAGGGAGCUGGGAGACAGCUGCCCUGGACACAGAAUUAACCUGCGCCUCCAUGGACAGCUGUGAGUCCAAAAUGACUCCAAGGCUGCGCACCUUGUCCUUCAGGGGCACAGUUACCCCAUUCAGGACCAGGGAGUCCUCCACACCUGCCCGCCUCCUGUCCCCCCAAAACAGUACUUCCGUCUUGUCAGGAUUCAACCUCAAUCAGUUACCCAUUACAACUUCUUUGUCAGGUAGGAAACAUGGGCGUCUGCAGAGAUCUGUCCAUAGCGGGAAAUAAAUCACUGGAAAUGGGGAGGUGGCUGGUUGCUAACAAAAACGUGAGAAGAUUUGUGCCUGUGUAUUUUGCCUCAUACUGUAUCUCGGUUUCCACAAGUGCUAGAAACUUGUGCGAUUUUUUUCAUGAAAGCUAGGAAUCUGGGAGUUGCUGUUCAUCUAGGGCAACCUAAGGCCUGUGGGCCCGAUCCGGCCCAAUCGCCUUCUAAAUCCAGCCUGCGGACGGUCUGGGAAUCAGUGUGUUUUUACAUGAGUAGAAUGUGUCCUUUUAUUUAAAAUGCAUCUCUGGGUUAUUUGUGGGGCAUAGGAAUUCGUUCAUUUUUGUUUGUUUCAAAAUAUAGUCCGGGCCCCCACAUGGUCUGAGGGACAGUGGACCGGCCCACGGCUGAAAAAGAUUGCUGACCCCUGAUCUAGGGGGUGCAAGUGAUCCCCCUUGUUCCUGCCACGGACGCUCAUGGAAAGAAGGUUGAGAGAGGUGCUUCUGCGUUUUUUUAACUCGCAGAAAUCCAACUGGGGAAGCUUUUCCUGGCGCAGAUUCCCACUCACUCAGUUUCUGUGCAGCUGUUUUAAGCUGAAAGAAUAGCGUCCGCCACCCAAAAACAGUAGGUGAUCCAUGUUAUGUACUGAAGUUCUCACCCUGGGCCAGCAGGGGGAUACUGUAGAUAGUUUUCACUCAGGUCCACAUAUGCAAAUAAGGAAUUGAAAGUGAAGUUCAGUGAUUGGCUAGUUACAGAAAGUUGUUACUGUUGCGUUGCAGUGGAGCUCUAUAUAAGCAGACUGACUGAGCCCUUCAGUUCAGUUCUGUUCUGGCCUGUGAAUAAACAAGAGCUGUUUGAAGAAUCGCUGUGUCGUCUGAUAUGUUCACCCACAAUUUAACAAUCCAGAUUAGAGCAGAGGGGACCUGAAACACAAAACAGGACCUAUUGAUGACUUAUUUUUUAAUUUUUUAAAACCCUGCCUAUUUCUGUCCCCCUCUUUCUCUAGGGUCCUACACGGUGCGGACAUCGUGGCCAGAUCCCAACUCAUCUCGGAAAGGUAAGGCUGACUCCUUCUCCCCGAUCCUCUCCCCCCGGUUGCACACCCCACACCUCGGCCAGAAAAUUUCUACCUAAGGGGAUAAUGUUUUAAAAUCCCGACCUACAGAGCUAUGGGGUGGACUGUGGCUCGGGGAGGGGAGGGCUGUAGAAGGUCUGCUUUGGGUCCUGAGUUCGAAUCCUGACAUCAACAGAUAAGGCUGGGAGAGAACCCUGCCCCUAACCCUGGAGAGCUACUGUCAGUUAGUGUAAACUCAGUAGAGGACAGUUUCCUAUUUUCCUACUCCCUAACCUCCAACAUAGGUUUUAGGGUCCCUUAAGGAAGGAAGGAUGCAGGUGGCACUGUGGUCUAAACCACAGAGCCUUGGGCUUGCAGAUCAGAAGGUCGGCGGUUCGAAUCCCCGUGAUGGGGUGAGCUCCCAUUGCUCGGUCCCUGCUCCUGCCCACCUAGCAGUUCGAAAGCACGUCAAAGUGCAAGUAGAUAAAUAGGUACCGCUCUGGUGGGAAGGUAAACGGCAUUUCUUUACGCUGCUCUGGUUCGCCAGAAUCGGCUUAGUCAUGCUGGCCACAUGACCCGGAAGCUGUACGCCGGCUCCCUCAGCCAAUAAAGCGAGAUGAGCGCCGCAACCCCAGAGUUGGCCACGACUGGACCUAAUGGUCAGGGGUCCCUUUACCUUUACGGAAGGAAGGGUGCUCCAUCUGCAGGCAGGUGUGGGUACUGCACAUCCACUUCUGUGACUACAGUUGCUCUCCGCCCCCACUGGCCCAAGAAGGGCAGGAGGCAGAGCCCGGAGUCCUGGGUUCCAUUUCCAGCCGUGGGAGAGGGGCGGGUUAAAUAGAUGGAUCUUGGAGGGAUGCUAUUACUAAGAAGAGGACCAAGCCCAGUUGUCACAUUCCACUCCCCCGUUUCUGCCCCUCGGCAGGCAGAAAUCCAACAGGUUCAGCUCCCUGCAUGUUUUGGAUUUCCGCCUCUCCCGAGGCAUGAAUCCUCUGCCAAGUACCAUAUUUUUUGCUAUAUAAGACUCACUUUUUCCCUCCCAAAAAGUAAGGGGAAAUGUGUGUGCAUCUUAUGGAGCGAAUACAGGCUGCGCAGCUAUCCCAGAAGCCAGAACAGCAAGAGGGAUUGCUGUGCAGUGGUCCCUCUUGCUGUUCUGGCUUCUGAGAUUCAGAAUAUUAUUUUUUCUUGUUUUCCUCCUCCAAAAACUAGGUGCGUCUUAUGGUCUGGUGCGUCUUAUAGAGCGAAAAAUACGGUAAUCACCUUAAUAAUAACCCCAGACUCCGACCCUCCUGUAGCUCUGAACUCCACCGCUCUUUGGACAGAGUAGAUGACAUUAAAACCUCUGUAAUAGUUGCCUUCGAACUCUUUUCCUCCCUGAACGCAGAAGACGGCACCAAGCCCCGGCCCACCCAGCCAAGCCCCUUCCCCCACAAGCAGGAAGGUAAGUGGCUCUCCUCUUGUGUAACCGCCCCAUCAUCUCCCGAAAAUCCACUUCCCCGCUGCAGCGGUGAGCAGUGUGGCCUAGUGGUUGCACUAUGGCAAAUGUGUUGACUCCUUUGACCCUCCAGGUGUUGACGAACUACAAUUCCCAUCACCCCGACCAUUGGCCAGGUUUGCUGGGGCUGAUGGGGGUUGUAGUGAACCUUGUAGGGUCAAAGGUUCCCCACAUAUGAAAGGUGUUAAGUACUGAAGUUCUCAUCCUGGGCCAGCAGGGGGAUACUGUAGAUAGUUCAGGUCCACAUAUGCAAAUAAGGGAUCGAAAGUGACGUUCAGUGAUUGGAUAGUUACAGAAAGUUGUUACAGUUACGUUGUACUGGAGCUCUGUAUAAGCAGGCUGGCUGAACCCUUCAGUUCAGUUCUGUUCUGGCCUGUGAAUAAACAAGAGCUGUUUGGAGAAUCGCUGUGUCGUCUGAUAUGUUCACCCACAACUUAACAAAAGGCCUGUGAUACGAUGUGCUGAAAUAGCUCAAUUGGUUAGAGGGAUGUUGAUGACAAAGCCAAGGCUGUAGGUCUUAGGGUCCCUUCCAUCUCUAAGAUUAUAUGAUUGUUAGAACCCAAAAUGGGGGAAGAGCUCCUUCUCUCUCAUAUACACAAAAGCCAUACAGUGGUGCCCCGCAAGACGAAUGCCUCGCAAGACGGAAAAACCGCUAGACGAAAGGGUUUUCCGUUUUGAAGUUGCUUCGCAGGACGAAUUCCCCUAUGGGCUUGCUUCGCAAGACGAAAAUACCUUGCGAGUCUUGAGAUCGUUUUUAUCGCUUUUCCCCCCGCUUUAUCUAAUCUGCUAAGCCUUUAAUAGCCUUUAAUAGCCUUUUAGCAGCUAAUCCCCUAAGCCUUUAAGCCUUUAAUAGCCGCUAAACCGCUAAUAGCGCUAAUAGCGCUAAUCCGUCAAUGGGCUUGCUUCGCAAGACGAAAAAACCGCUAGACGAAGACUCUCGCGGAACGGAUUAAUUUCGUCUUGCGAGGCACCACUGUACAUUGAAAACACCAAGAAAAACGCACACCAAAAACUCAGGCCAAUGUAAGUUUCCAUAGUGGGAGUGGUCCCUACUCACAAAUCAAUAGUAAGAAAAACCACAUUUAUCUUGAGCUUUUCUGUGCAAACGUUGAUCUACCCACACAUAGUUGUUAUCCCCGAGAAACGUAGAAACUGUUGUUGUUGUUUAGUCAUGUCCGACACUUCGUGACCCCCUGGACCAGAGCACGCCAGGCACUCCUGUCUUCCACUGCCUCCCGCAGUUUGGUCAAACUCAUUCAAGAACACUAUCCAACCAUCUUGUCCUCUGUCGUCCCCUUCUCCUUGUGCCCUCCAUCUUUCCCAGCAUCAGGGUCUUUUCCAGGGAGUCUUCUCUUCUCAUGAGGUGGCCAAAGUCUUGGAGCCUCAGCUUCAGGAUCUGUCCUUCCAGUGAGCACUCAGGGCUGAUUUCCUCCAUUCUGAAGGAAUGGAUAGGUCUGAUCUUCUUGCAGUCCAUGGGACUCUCAAGAGUCUCCUCCAGCACCAGAAUUCAAAAGCAUCCAUUCUUCGGCGAUCAGCCUUCUUUAUGGUCCAGCUCUCACUUCCAUACAUCACUACUGGGAAAACCAUAGCUUUAACUAUACGGACCUUGGUUGGCAAGUGAUGUCUUUGCUUUUUAAGAUGCUGUCUAGGUUUGUCAUUGCUUCUCUCCCAAGAAGCAGGCGUCUUUUAAUUUCGUGGCUGCUGUCACCAUCUGCAGUGAUCAUGGAGCCCAAGAAAGUAAAAUCUCUCACUGCCUCCAUUUCUUCCCCUUCUAUUUGCCAGGAGGUGACGGGACCAGUGGCCAUGAUCUUCGUUUUUUGAUGUUGAGCUUCAGACCAUAUUUUGUGCUCUCCUCUUUCACCCCCAUUAAAAGGUUCUUUAAUUCCUCCUCACUUUCUGCCAUCAAGGUUGUGUCAUCUGCAUAUCUGAGGUUGUUGGUGUUUCUUCCGGCGAUCUUAAUUCCGGCUUGGGAAUCAUCCAGCCCAGGCUUUCGCAUGGUGAAUUCUGCAUAUAAGUUAAAUAAGCAGGGACUCAAACUUACACAACUCUUUAAAAAUUAGCUGAUGAAGGUGAAUACAUCGAAACAGGGCCCUUGUCCUGGUUUCUAAUCCGUAAUUGACUUCUGACUUCUGCUCUGUGAUUGAAACUGAGUCUCCAUCUGCAAGCUGAUAAAUUAUAAGGAUCAACAUUAUUGUCGAGUGAGAAAAUCUUUGUAACAAAUUAUUGUGUUAUACAUAUCUUUAUGAAUUUGAGUUUGUAAUCUCUGUUAGGGUUUGUAAUCUCUAUUUGAGUCCUUGUCAGAAUACAUACUUUUGAAUGGAUUAGUUUUUGUGACUAUUGACUAUUGAUUUGUGCGUAGGGACCACUCCCACUUUUGAAACUUACAUUGGCCAGAGUUCUUGGUGUGCUUUUUUCUUGGUAUAUUUAAUACAUUGAAAACACGCCUGCCCCCCACAAGAAUCCUGGGAACUAUUUAUUUAUUUACUUCUUUAUUUAUUGCAUCCACAAACCAGCUUUUCCUCCACGUUCAGGGUGGCGUAGGUGGUUCUCUUCAUUUAAGGCCCACAACAACCCUGCGAGGUAAAUUAGGCUGAAAGACAGCGACUGGCCCAAGGUCCCCCAGCAAACUUUAUUGCUGAAUGGGGAUUUGAAUCCAGUUCUCCCAGGUCCUAGGACGACACUCUAACCUCUGCACCACACUGUCUGUCUGUAGUUUACCCCAUCGUAGAGCUAUGAUUUCCAGCAUCUGUCGCAAACAACAGUUCCCAGAAUUCUUUGGACGGGGCAAACAUACUUUAAAUGCACUCUGUGUGUGCAGCCUUAGUUGAUGAAUCAGUACAGACUGCCAUCCACCGUUAUCUGAGAUCAAAUCUCAUUUAUCCUUCCUGGGGGUUUACUUUUGAGUAGAUGGGAAAGCAUGCAAAACACUUGUUUUGGACCACACUGAAACCUGGCAUUUAAAGCACUUGCCUGCCGCUUUAACAGUCAUGGGGAAUUCUGGGAUCUGUAGUUUUCCCCGCGAAUUGCACUUCCAAGAAAUCUUGGGGGAAAGCCAUGACCGUUAAAGUUGAUGAAUGUCAGGUCUGGAUGUGACCCUGGAAGGAAAACAAUAAGCAUAAACCAGGGCUAGCCAUAGUGGCGCCCCCUCCAGAUGUUUUGAAUGACAGCUCCCAUUAUCCCUGACCAUGGACUGGGGCCGAUGGGAGUUAUAGUCCACGGCGCCUGGUUGGCUUCAUAAGGGACUUGCAAUAAUAUUUUUUUAAAGUGUUCCUCUGUUAAUUGGGAGUAACUUUCUACUCGAUCAAACGCCUUUUAAUCCUUCGCAUCAACUUUGCAAUCCUAAAAAAUAUAAUAUUGGUUGUAUGAGCCUUUUUAAAACAAAGCUGAGGCAACCAGUAAAAAUAUUAGGUUUGCGCCUGCGUUUGGGUAGUGAGAUAGAAAAAGAGAAAUGGCAUUUAGAGGAUUCUCCUUGCGGUAGGAGGGACGUGGAUGGCGCUGAGAGCCUAGGACUUGCCGAUCAGAAGGCCGGCGGUUCGAAUCCCCGCGACGGGGUGAGCUCCCGUUGCUCGGUCCCUGCUCCUGCCAACCUAGCAGUUCGAAAGCACGUCAGAAGUGCAAGUAGAUAAAUAGGUACCGCUCCGGCGGGAAGGUAAACGGUGUUUCUGUGCGCUGCUCUGGUUCACCAGAAGCGGCUUAGUCCUGCUGGCCACAUGACCCGGAAAGCUGUACGCCAGCUCCCUUGGCCAGUAAAGCGAGAUGAGCACCGCAACCCCAGAGUCGGCCACGACAGGACCUAAUGGUCAGGGGUCCCUUUACCUUUACCUUACCUUGCGGUAGAAGGGGAACAACAGCAUUGAGGCAAGUAAUGCUUCUGAAAGCUAAUUGUUAGAAAUUGCAGGAUGGGAUAGGCCUCUUGUGCUGAGGUCCUGCUUGAGGCUUUCAGGUCACAGCCCCCCCAAAAGCUGUUUUUGUUGGGGGGAAAUCACGCCGUAAUGGCCUGAGAUCACGGCAACAAAAAUGGCUGCAGUUCUCUCCUUUUUUUGCAAGCGGGGUGUCUCGUUUUUUCUGGGAAACUUGUUAGCAAUGCAAAGUGGAUGGGGAGGGUGUCGAAAGAGAUGGGUGGUGUGGGAGAGGUUCCCCCCCCAUAACAUCUACUCUCCUGUCGUCCGUGCCUCUGUAUGUGUGUGUGUUUGUGUGUGUGUGUUUCUGUCUCCAUCUAGAGGGCACCUCCUUGCCGUUCCUUAUUCCCAUCAUCAUUCCGGAUUUCAAGCCCAGCCGCACGGUGAAGCAGGCUCCAGGUGAGGGUCAGGAUCCGUCGCUGUCAUUUAAUGGGUCGAAUUUCAGGGGGGAAGUUCGCUGAACAUAAUUAUUAUUAUUAUUAUUAUUAUUAUUAUUAUUAUUUAUUUAUUUAUUUAUUUAUACCCUGCCCAUCUGGCUGGGUUUCCCCAGACACUCUGGGCGGCUUGCAACAAAACACUAAAAUACAAUAACCUAUUAAACAUUAAACGCUUCCCUAAACAGGGCCGCCUUCAGAUGUCUUCUAAAAGUCUGGUAGUUGUUUAUCUCUUUGACAUCUGAUGGGAGGGCAUUCCACAGGGCGGGCGCCACCACCGAGAAGGCCCUCUGCCUGGUUCCCUGCCACUUGGCUUCUCGCAGGGAGGGAGCUGCCAGAAGGCCCUCAGCACUGGAUCUCAGUGUCCGGGUAGAACGAUGGAGGUGGAGACGCUCCUUCAGGUAUACUGGGCCUUUGAGGCCGUUUAGGGCUUUAAAGGUCAGCACCAACACUUUGAAUUCUGCUCGGAAACGUACUGGGAGCCAGUGUAGGUCUUUCAAGACCAGUGUUAUAUGGUCUCGGCGGCCGCUCGCAGUUAUCAGUCUAGCUGCCGCAUUCUGCGGAACACCCUCCCACCAGAUGUCAAAGAGAAAAAUAACUACCAAAUUUUGAGGGGGGGGGGAAAUGUUUUGGACUGACGCCAAAAAGAGUGCAGUGAAGGAGCCUGUUGAUGUCAACUGGCAGGGAGUUCCAGAGGUUAGAUGCCGACACGCUAAACUUGUCUUCUUUGUUCCGAUUGGUGGCUGCUUGUGCCACUCACCCCCGCAGAGUACCCGCCUUCAUGUGAGCAGGAGCGGCGAGAGGCUAUUGAUGAGGCCCGGCAGCACCAACAGGAGGGCACCUUCAUCCCGGAGUGCGAGGGGGACGGCACCUAUAAGGCCGUGCAGUGCCACCAGGCCACGGGGUAUUGCUGGUGCGUGAGGGUGGACACUGGCCGGCCUGUUCCUGGCACUUCGACGAGGUCAGUGUCGCCCGACUUGUGAAGUCCGGAAUGAGGGGUCCUGGUUCAGUCGGUUGAGCACGAGACUCUUAAUCUCAGGGUUGCGAGUUCGAGUUCCAUGUUGGGCAGAAGAUUCCUGCACUGCAGGGAGUGGGAUUAAACGACCCUCUACAGAUCUGUGCUUCUAAGUGGGUACUCCCAUCAUCAACAAAGUUGAUGAAGCCAUGAAGGCUAUGUACAGUGGUACCUCAGGUUAAGUACUUAAUUCGUUCCGGAGGUCUGUCCUUAACCUGAAACUGUUCUUAACCUGAAGCACCACUUUAGCUAAUGGGGCCUCCUGCUGCUGCCACGCCGCCAGAGCACGAUCUCUGUUCUCAUCCUGAAGCAAAGUUCUUAACCUGAAGCACUUUUUCUGGGUUAGCGGAGCCUGUAACCUGAAGCGUAUGUAACCUGAAGCGUAUGUAACCCGAGGUACCACUGUACAUUGAAAACACAUCCUCCUGCCUCCUCACGUGAAUCCUGGGAACUAUAGAUUACACACCUCAGAGCUACAAUUCCCAGCACCCUUAACAAACUACAGCUCUCAGGUUGUUGGGGUUUUUUUGGGGGGGGGGGGUUUCCUAUGCUGUCCACAGAUGUAGCAAUGUCUCCAGACAACCUUCUUAUUGAGCAUUCAGCCUGUUUUGUUUGUUUGUGGUCUUCCCCACAAUAUUUCUGUUAAGUAGGAAUUUGGCCAGGGCGAUAUAUCGAUAUACAGUGGUAUCUUGGAUUGCGAACUGAAUCCAUUCCGGAAGUCGUUCUUAAACCGAAGCGUUCUUAAACCAAGGCGUGCUUUCCCAUAGCAGCAGGGGACUCAAUUUACACUCAACAGGAAGCGGAACACGUUCUGCUUCCAAGGCAAAGUCCACAAACCAAAACACCUACUUCCGGGUUUGCAGCGUUCUCAAUCCAAGUUGUUCAUAAGCUAAGCUGUUCUUAAACCAAGGUACAGUGGUGCCCUGCAAGACGAAUGCCUCGCAAGACGAAAAACUCGCUAGACGAAAGGGUUUUUCGUUUUUUGAGCUGCUUCGCAAGACGAUUUUCCCUAUGGGCUUGCUUCGCAAGACGGAAACGUCUUGCAAGUUUGUUUCCUUUUUCUUAACACCGUUAAUACAGUUGCGACUUGACUUUGAGGAGCAACUCAUAGAACGCGGUGUGGUAGCCUUUUUUGAGGUUUUUAAAGACUUUGGUGAUUUUUGAAGCUUUUCCAAAACUUUCCCGACAUCGUGCUUCGCAAGACGAAAAAAAUCGCAAGACGACAAAACUCGCGGAACGAAUUAAUUUCGUCUUUCGAGGCACCACUGUACCACUGUUUUGCCCAGGACUGGUAGAAGCAGCAGACUGCGAUGUCGGUUUCACUCAGCGAUAUAUCGCCGGUGAAACCUCCGCCGCUCCUGCGUUCCUUUGCUGGCAGCGUCCAGUGGGCGGACGCAGGAGUGCUGGCGGUUUCACCAGUGAUAUAUACGACGGGGAGGGAGAAACAAGCUGUAUCAGCGAGGUGCGGAUAGCUUGUUCCUCUCUCUGCAUCUUGAAACUACUCAACUGCUCUGCCCUCUCACCCGUGAUGUCGAAAAGCUGAUGAUCGCCCAGCCCUGGUAGGAAUUGGUGCCUGAGCUUUCUUUUUUCCUCAUCCUUUCCAGCCCCUUUUCCUUUUGUGCUGCGUCUCACAUAUUGUAAGCUUGAGGGCAGGGACAGUCGCUGAGUUUUUGGGCAGCUGCCUUUUCUGACUGAAGAGUAGGAUUUUUAAAAAAUAAAUCUUAUUGCCGUCAUUGCUAGUAUUCUUGUUGAUGUUAGUAUUCGCUCGGCAUCUCUCGUCUUUCUUUCUCGCAGGAACUUCCCCCCGGACUGCGAGGCAGAUGCGGCGGCCAAGAAUGCAGAAAUGAGCUCCUUAUUCCGGGAUCGGCUUCUGCCAGGUGGGAUCAUGAAUCUCUGCUUCUUCUUUUUUUCUUUUUCUUUUUAAUAAAUAUUUUAUUAGUUUUUUAACAUAUAAUUUUCAACAAUUAUUAAACAUGCUUUUAUAUCUUAUACAUUUUUUUGACUUCCAUCAAUCACAUCCGAAAAUUUUCCAAUCGCUUCACUUAAUUUACAUUUCUUACUUUCACUAUUACAUUUAAAUAACUAACAUCUCUCUUCUUUAUCUUCUUUGCAAUGUUUCAUAUAUUUCUCUUUACAAAACUUCUUGUAGUCCUACUAGCGUAAUUUGUUGAUUACAGUUGCUCUUCAAAUAAUUCGUAUAUUUCCUCCAAUCUUCUAUAAAUCUCUGAUCCUGCAGGUUUCGAAUCCUUCCUGUCAUUUUGUCCAGGUCUGCGUAGUCCAUUAAUUUUGUCUGCCAUUCUUCUUUCGUCGGUACAGUGGUACCUCGGGUUAAGUACUUAAUUCAUUCCGGAGGUCCAUUCUUAACCUGAAACUGUUCUUAACCUGAAGCACCGCUUUAGCUAAUGGGGCCUCCUGCUGCCGCCGCGCGAUUUCUGUUCUCAUCCUGAAGCAAAGUUCUUAACCUGAGGUACUAUUUCUGGGUUAGCAGAGUCUGUAACCUGAAGCGUCUGUAACCUGAAGCGUAUGUAAGCCGAGGUACCGCCGUAUUUCUUCUUGCUUCCAUUUCUGGGCCAACAAUCCUGAAUCUCUGCUUCUUUCCAAACACUUUUCCCCCAGGUGCCACUGAGCACAGACCAUAGCUCUCAACUUUUCCCUUUACUUGCGAGGAAUCCUAUUCCGAAUAAGGGAAUUUCCCUUAAAAAAUGGGAAACGUUGACAGCUAUGGCACAGACCCGUGUGAGUCUCGAGAGGCAAACUGUUCCCUUUCUUCUUUCCUGCUAGGUUGUCCAGGCUCCAAGAAGGUAGAGUUCCUCUCUAAUCUGAUCAAAGCCUUGGCCUCCGACAUGUUGCAGUCGAGGAUGAUGCCCGUUCCAUACCGAAGGUAAAUACUGCUCUCUCUCUCUCUCUCUCUCUCUCUCUCUCUGAAGGGGCACAGGGGAGGAGAGUUGUUGCGUGUCGAGGUCCCCCAGCCACCCCCCAAUAACUCACACAUCACACAUCAAUUUUGGUUUGGGUUUUUGGCAUGAUUUUGGCCACAACUUUACAUACAUCCAAGUGAGUGGUUGCUUAGGCAUUGGUUCCGACUAUCUGUCCUUGCCCAGGGGACAGAACUGACUUCCGGAUUCCAGCAAAAACCAGUGCGGGAAACAAAUUUUGGGGAGAAAAUGAAGCUGGGCCUCAGUCCCUCACUUCUCACCCUCAUGCUCCUGGUGGCUUGCACGGCCCACAACCGAUGCCAGGGACAAGGACGAAAAGAAUGGCAAGCCCCUGGAUUCCUUUAACGGAAUUCCCUUUCCACACCACCAUUGGAGGGGUAGGCACUUACCCCUCCACCAACCAAUUUGAACCAAUGCCUAACCGCCAACCUUACAAGUUGUGACGAUUUGCUACGCAGUAGGCAAAACCAAAUGGCACCAGCCAAUCAGCCAAAUGGACAAAUUCCUACCAGGCCCCUGCCUCAAAGCAGACGACCCCAUGACAGGCAUAGCAAGGUCAAGCGAACAACCCCCCCAAUACAGGGAGGGUGGGCGGGUGAUCCAGUGCAAGCAGCCAAGAGAACGCUCAAAGUUGGGCGACCAGUAUUUAAAACCUCUGACCCCCUCCUUCAAAACUGGAAACAAGCAAUUCUCCACAGCGACCCGAUUAACCAAUACACUCCCUUUGUCCCGCCACAAAUUCGCCCAGCAACAAUGGGGUGGCUUGUAUCCCCCACCGCAACACGCGCUCUCUGCUAGGGAGAACACGUUUUGCCAAACGUUUUAAGCAAGAGUUGAAAUCUAAUGGAGGAUUCCAUUGUUGAACCAGAAACAGGUUUGCUUGUGAGGUAAUGGUCAUAGUUGCCACCUAAGGACCACCCCUCGUUGUUGCCAUCUGAUCGGUCUUGAGAAGCAAUGGAGUAAGCCCCUGGGGUUAAUAAAUAAUAAUAUUUAUAAUGGCAGUGAGAGAUUUUACUUUCUUGGGCUCCAUGAUCACUGCAGAUGUGACAGCAGCCACGAAAUUAAAAGAUGCCUGCUUCUUGGGAGAAAAGCAAUGACAAACCUAGACAGCAUCUUAAAAAGCAGAGACAUCACCUUGCCAGCAAAGGUCCAUAUAGUUAAAGCUAUGGUUUUCCCAGUAGUGAUGUAUGGAAGUGAGAGCUGGACCAUAAAGAAGGCUGAUCGCCGAAGAAUGGAUGCUUUUGAAUUCUGGUGCUGGAGGAGACUCUUGAGAGUCCCAUGGACUGCAGGAAGAUCAAACCUAUCCAUUCUUAGGGAAAUCAGCCCUGAGUGCUCACUGGAAGGACAGAUCCUGAAGCUGAGGCUCCAAUACUUUGGCCACCUCAUGAGAAGAGAAUGUUGUUGGGAAAGAUGGAGGGCAGAAGGAGAAGGGGACGACAGAGGACGAGAUGGUUGGACAGUGUUCUCGAAGCUACCAGCAUGAGUUUGAUCAAACUGUGGGAGGCAGUGGAAGACAGGAGUGCCUGGCGUGCUCUGGUCCAGGGGGUCACGAAGAGGCGGACACGACUACAUGACUAAACAACAACAACAAACAAUAUUUAUAAUUAUUAUUAUCAAUCAUUAGCAGCAUGAAAGUGACCUCCCUGGGACGCAAGUCUGGGCAGUAUGUCUAGAGCAGGGGUCAGCAAACUUUUCCAGCAGGGGGCCGGUCCACUAUCCCUCAGACCUUGUGGGGGGCCGGACUAUAUUUGGGGGGGGGGAAUGAACGAAUUCCCCACAAAUAACCCAGAGAUGCAUUUUAAAUAAAAGCACACAUUCUACUCAUGUAAAUAAAAUCACACUUUCUAAAUGAGUAGAAUGUGCCCUUUUAUUUAAAAUGCACCUCUGGGUUAUUUGUGGGGCAUAGGAAUUCGUUCAUCCCCCCCCCAAAAAAUAUAGUCCGGCCCCCCACAAGGUCUGAAGGACAGUGGACCGGCCCCCUGCUGAAAAAGAUUUCUGACCCCUGGACCACGGCUGUCAACAUUUCCCUUUUUUAAAGGGAAAUUCCCUUAUUCCGAAUAGAAUUCCUCUCAAGAAAAGGGAAAAGUUGACAGCUAUGCCCUGGACUAGGGACGCGGGUGGCGCUGUGGGUUAAACCACAGAGCCUAGGGCUUGCCGAUCAGAAGGUUGGUGGUUCGAAUCCCCGCGACGGGGUGAGCUCCCAUUGCUCAGUCCCUGCUCCUGCCAACCUAGCGGUUCGAAAGCACGUCAGAGUGCAAGUAGAUAAAUAGGUACCGCUCCGGCGGGAAGGUAAACAGCAUUUCCGUGCGCUGCUCUGGUUCGCCAGAAGCGGCUUAGUCCUGCUGGCCACAUGACCCGGAAGCUGUACGCCGGCUCCCUCGGCCAGUAAAGCAAGAUGAGCGCCGCAACCCCAGAGUCGGUCACGACUGGACCUAAUGGUCAGGGGUCCCUUUACCUUUACUUAUGCCCUGGACUAGAGGACCCUUGGGAUCCUUUCCAAUUCUUGAAUUCUAUGAUUCUGGAAUUUUUGCUAGAUUCCAAGCCUGCGCUCUUGGAGUUUGGGGUGACAGGCUACAAUGCGUUUCUUUAAAAGAACCGAAGACAUUUCUCUUUUUCAAGGAACGCACAUGUCCUGGGCCACCGCAAGCUAGGUUUCCCUCAUCCAGCAAGGCUCUCCUGACCCCCCCUUCUCCCCACCCACAGGUUUUCAGACAGCCUGACGGGGCCCAGCCUGGAGGAGCGUGCGGUGCGCUGGCAGUUCGUCCGCCUGGACAAGGACUUCAGCAACAGCAUCAGCGAGCGGGAGCUGCGGCCCCUCAAGCUCUACAUGAAGAGGAACACACGACCCAAGCGCUGCGUCCGCAAGUUCCUCAACUACUGCGACCUGGAUGAGAACAAGCUCAUCUCCCUGCAUGAGCUCAAAGGCUGCCUGGGGCUGAGCUAGCCCGACACACAUGGUACGUACACUCCCGUGCCCCUCGCUCACCUGUUGGUAACUCCACAAUAUCAUUAUUAUUAUUAUCAUUAUCAUUAUUAUUAUUAUUAUUAUUAACUCCAGCAGGUACAGAAUGCCGCGACAGUUAAAAAAACAAUGCUCAAGGCGGCUUACAGCAUAACAAGAUUUACAUAAUUACAAAAGUCAUAAACAAUAAAUAAACCACAUCAAAAAAAUGCACAACCAAAUGGGAAACAAUUUCCACAGAAAUCAAAAUCUAAAACUAAGAAUACACCAUUCAUAUCAGAGUUUAAAAUGACAUAGGUAAAAAACAAACAACCCCCCCCCCCAAAAAACAGAGCCCUCUCUGCCCAGCAGCAGCAGUGGCAGCAGUCCUUUAUAGGGCAGGACUGGGGUCCUCAGGCGCUGAGCAGGGGAGUCCUCCUGGGUGGUAGCUGCAGCAGCAGUUCUUAUAGGCCUGUCAGGCCCCGCCCUGGGCCAGUCACAUCAACACUGCCCUGUUUAAAAGGGGGAGCACAUUCAUCCAGUGUUUCACCAGCUGCACUGGCUCCCGGUGGAGUACAGGGUCAGGUUCAAGGUGCUGGUUUUAACCUUUAAAGCCCUAAGCGGCCUAGGACCCACGUACCUACGGGACCGCCUCUCCUGGUAUGCCCCACGGAGGACCUUAAGGUCCACAAAUGGCAACAUUUUGGAGGUCCCAGGUCACAAGGUGGUUAGGUUGGUCUCAACUAAGGCCAGGGUCUUUUCAGCUGUGGCCCCGACUUGGCGGAACGCUCUGUCACAAGAGACUAGGGCCCUGCGGGACUUGACAUCUUUCCGCAGGGCCUGCAAGACAGAGCUGUUCCGCCUGGCCUUUGGUUUGGACUCAGUCUGGCCCUUAUGUUUCCCUCCCCUUAUGGUCUUGAUUUAUCGGCUACUUUUAAAAUGAGGCUGCAUUUUAAAUUGCAUUUAAAUUAAGUCCUGUGAAACUUCUCACUUGCUCAGCCAGCUCCCUGUUUUUCUGCCUCCAAAUUGGUCACCUGGCUUUCCUUAAUCCAGAAUGCGGCAGCUAGACUGGUGACUGGGAGCGGCUGCCGAGACCAUAUAACACCGGUCUUGAAAGACCUACACUGGCUCCCAGUACGUUUCCGAGCACAAUUCAAAGUGUUGGUGCUGACCUUGAAAGCCCUAAACGGCCUCAAAGGCCCAGUAUACCUGAAGGAGCGUCUCCACCCCCAUCGUUCAGCCCAGACACGGAGGUCCAGCGCUGAGGGCCUUCUGGCGGUUUCCUUGCUGCGAGAAGCCAAGUUACAGGGAACCAGGCAGAGGGCCUUCUCGGUAGUGGCACCCGCUGUGUGGAAUGCCCUCCCAUCAGAUGUCAAAGAGAAAAAUAACUACCAAACAUUUAUAAGACAUCUGAAGGCAGCCCUGUUUAGGGAAGCUUUUAAUGUUUGAUAGAUUAUUGUAUUUUAAUAUUUUGUUGGAAGCCGCCUAACGUGGCUGGGGAAACCCAGCCAGAUGAGUGGGGUAUAAAUAAUAAAUUAUUAUUAUUAUUAUUAUUAUUCCUUGCCCAUCUCCUUGGCCUCUGGUCUCUAAAGCAGCGGCACCAGCAGCAGCCUCGUCAGCCUCUGAGAUUUGCCAGGGCUUGGAACAAACUGUUCCUCUCUGAAAGCCUCACCACCGCCCCCCAACUACCCUUCCCCACCCCACUCAUAUAACUUAAAUCCAGCUCCAGCCUCUCCCUCUACCAGCUUCCAUCGCAGACAAAGGGGGACUCUGUGCAAUUCCUUCUGGUGGAUUAAGCGUGGAUUAGCUGCGCUGAACACAGUUGCCUGCAAAAUGCUUGCAGCGUCGACUCUUCUCGGAGCAGAAAGGGGGGGGGUUGAUUAGGUUAACUUGAAACGCUCUACACACCUCUCCAAACAGGGCAAAUUGAUUUCUUGUUCCUUGCAACUGCGAGUGGGAGAUUCGAAACCCUAAUUAAAGUCUAAAAUGCUUUAGGUUUCUUUUUUUCCCUGUUAACUUCGCACAAUGCAGGUGACGAAAUUUUGUUUUAUUUUAUAUCAUUUAUUUACAACAUAGUCCACAACAACUCAUACAUACAAACAAACAAACCCACCGCCGUUGCCAAUUUAAUUAUCAAAAUUAAACUCCUAUCCCCUUACACAAAGAAAACAUAAUAUAAAAAUAAAAGACUUCCUUUGUCCUGUAAAUGGCCUCCUUAUUUACUUCUUGUGUACUAUUUCUUUUACAUGUGAUUAUUACAAUUUUUCCUAAUUAUGACUUUAAAAAACCGCAAAGUCUCCUGUAGAAAUUAAUCGAAACAAGUCCAGGUGUAUAUUUUGGGUAAAGUAUUCUCUACAUUUUCCCCAUUCUUUUUGAAAUCCUUGUCUGGGCUGUCCCCUAAUAAUCUCUGUUAAUCUGGCCAAUUCAGUAUCAUCUAAUAAUUUAUCCUGCCAUUCCAUUUUUGUUGGCACAAAUUCUUUUUUUCCAGUUUCUGGCAAUUAAGGUCCUCACCGCGCCUGUGGCAUAAAGGAAUAUUUUCCGAUCUUCUUUUGCUAUACCUGUGUCUGUUAUUCCUAAUAGGAAAGCUUCUGUAAUUUUCACAAAGUUGUAUUUAAAUAUUUUUUUAAGUUCAUCAUAUACUAUAUCCCAGAAGCUUUUGAUUUUUUUACAGGUCCACCAGAUAUGUAUAAGUGACAAAAUUUUAAUUUUGCCUUUCUUCACUUGCUUAAUUCUCCCAGAGCUUCUCCCUGCCUUUCGGGUUGGUUUUUCCUCUUCCCCAAUUUAAUUCACUGCCUGUAGCACAAGUUUCUGGAAACUACCUUCAGGAGCAAAGAAUGACAGUCUGAAAAACUUUCCGUUCGCAUUCAGGUUAUCUCUCUAGCGUGGGGAUGUGAAAUUAAGGAUGGGUCAGUUUUGAAGGCUGGGUGUGGGUCCCAUAGGCGCCUCUGCGAAAGACUCAGCUGCUAUUUUAUAACAGAUUAGGCACAGGGUAUGUUUAGGGAUGCUGGUGGUGCUGUGGGUUAAACCACAGAGCCUAGGACUUGCCGAUCAGACGGUUGCUGGUUCGAAUCCCCGCGACGGGGUGAGCUCCCGUUGCUCGGUCCCUGCUCCUGCCAACCUAGCAGUUCCAAAGCACGUCAAAGUGCUAGUAGAUAAAUAGGUACCACUCCAGCGGGAAGGUAAACGGCGUUUCCAUGGUUUGCCAGAAGCGGCUUAGUCAUGCUGGCCACAUGACCCGGAAGCUGGACACCAGCUCCCUCGGCCAGUAAAGCGAGAUGAGCGCCGCAACCCCAGAGUCGGCCACGACUGGACCUAAUGGUAGGGAAGUCCUAGGCUCUGUGGUUUAACCCACAGCUCCACCCGCGUUCCUUCAGUAGCUUAGGACCUCAUCAAAUCUAAAUCCGGCCCUGGAGAUAUGUGACCCCGGCUCUUCCGUGAAGCUCACCUUUGCUGAAUCUCAUCCCAGCCGAACUCACAGGACUAUGCACUGCUAAUCUACAAAAAGCUUACCUAUGUUGAUCAUUUGCAUCCUGAAAGAAAAAGCCACGUGUGCAAUAUCUCCCUUUCUACUCGCCUAGAUGUGAUUCUUAGUCGCCGCAGGUGACCAGGCUGGUGGUGGAUUGUGAGCCUCCGCCGAACUUAAUUUCUCUCCCUCUUUCUCUCUCCAUAGACUUCCCCCGACAAAGAAUGGCGCUUUCCCCCUCCAGAAGCCCAGGGGGCGCUCUCUCAUUCUCUGAACACUGCAUUCCCGCCUCUGGUUGCAGACUCUUUGCACUUUAAAGAGACGGACUGGACUUUCUGCCCAGAAGGUUGACGAUGGUUCCGGGAAGUGGAGAUAUACGUGGAAAGGGGUGGGACAAAUGUGGCUGUCAGUCCAUUUUCUGUGUUUUCCUUUUUAUUUUAUUUUUUUGCUUUUUUAAAAAAGAAACGUAGUUAACAACAGGCCUGCAGAAACCAUCUACCUUAGUAGAUUUUUUUAUAUAUGUAUAAAAAAUAAGAAAUAAUAAUCUUUGCUUUGUUUUUGCAACGUAAUUUUUAAGAGAGAGAGUAAAAAGUGAAUGUAAGGGGACUUCCAUGUUUGUUAGAGGGUGUUUCAAAAGGCUGUGCUUUUCAGUUGCGUAAAGAAAUCAGCUGGGUUUUAAAAUGAAUUGUAGUCUGUUUAUUUGAAUCAAUAAAUUAUGGAUAUACAAGGGUGGUUUCUUUCAUAUUUCUGGGUUCCUUUACGUGGGAUUAAUAUCGGGGGCCUAACUUGAAUAUUGAAAAAUUGUACUUAUCUGCUUGUUGUUGUCAUUUAGUUGUUUAGUCGUGUCCGACUCUCCGUGACCCCCUGGAGCAGAGCACGCCAGGCACUCCUGUCUUCCACUGCCUCCCGCAGUUUGGUCAAACUCAUGCUGGUAGCUUCGAGAACACUGGCCAACCAAUUCAUCGCCAAAGAACUGGUGCUUUUGAAUUAUGGUGCUGGAGGAGACUCUUGAGAGUCCCAUGGACUGCAAGAAGAUCAAACCUAUCCAUUCUGAAGGAAAUCAGCCCUGAGUGCUCACUGGAAGGACAGAUCCUGAAGCUGAGGCUCCAAGACUUUGGCCACCUCAUGAGAAGAGAAGACUCCCUGGAAAAGACCCUGAUGCUGGGAAAGAUGGAGGGCACAAGGAGAAGGGGACGACAGAGGACGAGAUGGUUGGACAGUGUUCUUGAAGCUACAAUCAUGAGUUUGACCAAACUGCGGGAGGCAGUGGAAGACAGGAGUACCUGGCAUGCUCUGGUCCAGCGGGUCAUGAAGAGUCGGACACGACUAAACAACUAAACAACAACAACAACAGAUAGGGUUGCCUUCAGAUGUCUUCUAAAAGUCAGAUAGUUGUUUAUUUCUUUGACGUCUGAUGGGAGAGCGUUCCACAGGGAGGGCGCCACUACCGAGAAGGCCCUCUGCCUAGUUCCCUGUAACCUCACUUCUCACAGGGAGGGAACCGCCAAAAGGCCCUCGGAGCUGGACCUCAGUAUCCGGGCAGAACGAUGGGGGUGGAGACGCUCCUUCAGAUAUACUAGGCCUUUGGGCUUUAAAGGUCAGCACCAACACUUUGAAUUGUGCUCAGAAACGUACUGGGAACCAAUGUAGGUCUUUCAGAACCGUUGUUACAUGGUCUUGGCUGCCACUCCCGGUCACCAGUCUAAUGUAUUUGUGUGCAAGCCAGUUUUAUCUUAUUUUAACCUUCCAUUUGAUUUCCUUUCCCCUGUGCCCCUAUACCUAUUACCCCUUUGUAACCACUUCCUGCCCACCACAGCCUGUUAUAACUCGGGUUCCAGUGCAGCCCUGUGGCUGAGGCUGGGGAAAACAAGUAUUUUUUUCUAUACUUCCCUGCUCACAAUUCCUUGGCGUUUUGCGCCCUCUGCUGGAAUAACACAGCAUUACUUAAGAAGGGUUUAUGCUCAGGUAAAACGGAUCUCUCUCUUCUUAGGUUGCUUACUAAAUCCUUUAUUUUCAUACUCAAAGCGAUUCGUUCCUAAAACAAGAGGUGCUGGACCAGGGGCCUGCACAGAAGCUGAAAAUCCUGUGCCUCUUUUUCCUGUUCUGCAUAACCUGUCAUCAAAUGCACAGUGCCUAUAUCUUAAAUGGAUUUUCUGCCUAUAUACAUAGAAAAUAAAGGCUGUCGUCACGCUCUGCAGUUGCAGAUGCAGGUGGGGUGAUCUGUGGGCGGCGGGUAAGCAGGGUGGUGAGAUGCAAAGAUAGGCGGGUUGGUCUAACUUGGACACACCUUCAUAGAAUUGUAGAGUUGGAAGGGACCCCGAGGGUCAUCUAGUCCAACCCCUCGCAAUGCAGGAAUCUCAGCUAAUGCAUCCACGACAGGGUUGCCAUAUUCCCACAUAUUGUGAAGAGCAAAAAAGGAAACACAUUUGCUGACUGGUGACCCUACUCAUGAAAAAGAUGUGUCCUGAAAAAAGGUGAGGAGCGCACUCUUGCGCUUGAGGGCUUCCUGUGGGUUUCCCACAGACAUCUGGUUGGCCACUGUGGGAGCAAGUUCUUAUCACACUCUUAUCUGGACUUGGGGAAAUGCAGCGGUUCUGUGAUGGGACGUGUACUUUGCACGGAAAAAGUAUCAGAUGCAAUCCUUGGCAUCUCCAGCUGGGGCUGGGAGAGACCUCUAUCUGAAACUGCCAGUUAGAGUAGGCAAUACUGAGCCCGGUGGAACAAUGGUCUGAUUCAGUAUAAGGCAGCUCCCUGUGUUCCUAUGUAUCAGGAAGGCCUCAUUUACUGCUUCCUGCCACAGCUCCUGGUUUUGCCUUUGGGGAAAAGGUAAAGGGACCCCUGACCAUUAGGUCCAGUCGUGGCUGAAUCUGGGGUUGUGGUGCUCAUCUCGCUUUACUGGCCGAGGGAGCCGGCGUGCAGCUUCCGGGUCAUGUGGCCAGCAUGACUAAGCCACUUCUGGCCAACCAGAGCAGCGCAUGGAAACGCCGUUUACCUUCCCGCCUGAGCAGUACCUAUUUAUCUACUUGCACUGUGUGAUUUUGAACUGCUAGGUUGGCAAACGCAGGGACCGAGCAACGGGAGCUCACCCUGUCACGGGGAUUCAAACUGCG